UAUUAUCUGAAAUAUAACGCGCACCUUUAAGCGGUUCCCUUGGUAUCUUGUCACUAUUUGUAGCUUUUGCUCUCAAAGACAUGAUUGAAACUUGCGCUCAGUUUUAACCCCAUUCAUAUCAGUAGCUAUAUUCGCUAUUGAGCUAUCGUUUACAAGGAUCGAGGCUGCUAACCUACCUUGCAUCAUAAACAGAAGUAAGUGUCAUCUAUUAUUGUCUACAAUACUUCGGAAAUUACACUUUCCUUACCCAAAUAUUAAAUCUACCUUCAGCUAAUCUCUCUGGCUUCAAAGAGUCAAAAAAUUGGUGUUUUCUUAAGCUGAGCACCAAAACAAAUUAUUUAAAGGAGUAAAGCUAGUCGCUUAGAUGGCAUUUAUUAAUUAACGAUUGGUUUUAGGAAUGUAAACGUAGAUGAAAUGUGAUGAAUGGUUGCAAAGUUCAUGCCGUUUUGACAAUAUCGUUUGGCAUAGUUCCUUUGCUUUAAAGAACUGAUUACAGGGACAAUAUUUUUACUCUCUUAAGUAGUAGGUAGAUAUCCCGAAUUGGACAUCAUUAACGAAUGUAUUGCAGCAUACAUGCCCCCGCUUACUUCCGCCUUUGUAUGAAAUGAAAAACAACAGCAGGCCGCAUGCAUGUCACUAGUAAGUAUAUAUAUUUAUGUUGUAGUCGACCGUACUGGAGAGGCCCUUUAAAGUUUUCCUAGCGGAAUAAAGAUAGUGAUAAAACCUUGAGCGACUUGUUGGAUGCAGAAGGUUGGAACUGCCUCAUUUUAAAAGCAGUGUUGAAUCAUGCGGAAUUACAAUGCAUGAAUGAAAUCAACUAUUUAUCCACUAAACACCAUCCAAAAAUUGCUGUCGUUUUUGCCUGCAAUAUUACAAAGGAGCAGCAUGUCCCCGACCUUAUUAGAUGUUUGCAAGUGAGAUCAACGAGAGCGACGGUACUUAAGAGAGAUCUGCGUGUUGGAGAGUAUACAGAGAAGGGCAUCUAGAUUAGCACUUAAUCAACACAAAGGAGAAAUGGCUUAUGACGAUCGUUGUUGAAAUGACGGUCGCUACCUGACUGUAGAAAUUAUUUAUUUUUAAUUGAGUGCUACAAGUUCGUCUUUGGAUACUAUCAUUUGAAUCUUUAUGAUAUCUUCGAAUUCCAAAAAUUUGGGUCAACAAGGGCAAAUCACCCCUUCAAAUUGUAUGUUAAAAGCGCACGGAUCGAUUGCUACAAAAUAAUAGUCUUUUUUAUUAGCAUAGUUUCGAAAUGGAACGAUUUACCGAGACAUAGUGGAGGCUGAAAGCCUUCAUCAUAUUAAACAAAAACUUCAUCAUUAUCUAUUUAAUAAAUUUGAAACUAAAACCGUGCUUUAAUUAAGGCCUCGAUUUUUGAAUACUUGUAUUGUAUUUGAUUUUUUAUUUUGCGUUUUCUAUUUCUGUUUGGGAGUUCUAAUGUUGGGCUAACCUCUCAACUCCCUUUUCAUGUCUUUUAACUACGUUAUUUUCCUGUAAAUGAGCUUGUUUGUGUGUGUAUGUCUGUGUGUAUUUCAUGUGUAUGUAUGUGUGUAUUUAUGUAUGUAUGUAUGUAUACUAUGGACAGUUAGUUUGUUUCGUCGAAGACAGAUCAUCCUGCAAUAUGUCGGCCUCUUUGUAACAGAUCAGGGCGUCGUGGAACAGAUAUCUCGUGGACGCAACACCGACGGCAAGGUUUGCCUUUUGUUCAUUUCCAGUUUAAUAAUUCUGCCCCUAAACGAAAAAUUUCGAAAUUCUCGAGGUUUUAAAUGGCACAGACGUUCCUUUGAAUUUAGACACCCUUGGAGAUAUUAGCAUAUUUGGGUCAAUGAUACAAAUUUGAUUAACUUAACCCUCGGACGUAAACGCAAAUUCAUACCGCCACCGUGGUACCAGGGGGGUUGUGGUGGGGGGUGGAUGGAAGCCCUCCCCGGGGUUUUUGAUAUGUUGAAGUAUUUUGAAACGAUUUUACCCCUAGUGGAAAGCCUUUCACCUUCUUUACAAGAUGUGGUAUAUUUUAGGGGUGGUGGCGCUGCUGGAGGCCUGUAACGUCAUCAACAAUGGCCGCCAUCUUGGCUGCCAUCUUGAGUUUUAGCAGGAAUUAGAAAUCAGAUUUAAACCGCGAGAAAUGGUACAUUUUUGUGAUUUAUAUGGAAAAUAACACAUAAAUAAGCACUUUGCAUGAUUUUAGCCACAAGAUUUCAUUUUAUUGUUGAAAGAAGUUGAGAAAACAGGUAUUUUCAGCCAAAAUUGGCUGGACCACCUGCUACUUAUGACGUCAUAUCUCGUAACCAUAGCAUCACUAAACUUGUCUCAAAUAGUGCGCGAGGGAUGAACGAACAGCUACUGAAAACGUCAGGUACUGAUGUUUUAUCCUCUAGGAAAAAUUCAGAAAAACCUUAUGGGGGGGGUAACAUCAAUUCCCCUGUACUUCUAAGGGCUAAAGUGGCGUGGAGACUAUGGCCACAGUUGACUGAUAUUUCGCUGAGGAGGAAUUGUUGCAGUUGAUUUUGGUUAUGGGCUAGUUCAAAACACCAGACCUGAACAGAUCGGUGACAGAAACAAUGCAGUUAGCACCCAAGACAAUUGCCUCUGUAUGCUUGUUUUAACGAUAGAGCUGGUACACUGUUGGGAGGGAUCCAACACCGUUAAUAGUCGGGGAGUGAAUACUGCUCGUAAACAAAAAAGUAAAUAAGAUAAUAAUGAUAAUAAUAAUAAUAACUGAUAGGACAAGUAUUUGUAAGGGGAGCCAACUACUUGGUAAUAGUACUAAAUUGAAUACAUCCAAUUUCCCACACGAAGGUUGAGAUGAUAACACAUAACAAGUACCUUGUGCCCAUACAAUGUGUUGACGGUUUUGAUUUCAGACUUAUUUCACACCUAUCGAUAUAAGGGUACAGACAGUAGUUUUGGGCCUGCUAUCCCGUACUUUGUUUUAAAGUUACAAUUCUCUCUCCGCAGAUUGGCAAGACUCGGCAUUAGGACCACUGGAGCUUAGCUAGAACGUAACUACAUUAAUUUCUCUUACCAUCCCUUUUACAGAAAAACUUAGUUGAAGGAUGAAUAAGGUGAGUUGAUUCUUAAAAUGACCAGCAUCUGUUUCUUCUGCUUAAAGAUUUAUUCAAUUUGUCCUUCUCAGCCGAUGAGAACUAUAUACUUAGUCCCCGUGGCUCUCUGUAACAUUAAGAUAAGACAAGACGAGACAGGAACUUUAUUUUCAUACCACACACAAAAAAAAAGAAAGAGAAAAAGGUAUAAAGCCACCUAAAAAAUAGCUUUAAUAGCUAAUAUGUCAAGGUGGCAUUAGAGAUUAUUUUAUAAUAGUAAAUAAAGAUGCAUUAUAUAAAAAGAGUAUAGCGGGGGUUGGAGAGUUUGAGGUCAGCACAGAAUUAAGUGCCCAUGAAUUCUUGAAGCGGAGUAAUUAAAAAUGCUACAGCAAGCGGAACACAGACUAGAGAAAAUUUUCUAUAGCGUUAAAUCAGGAGGCGAUAAAUAAAUGUAGCCAGUGGGUUAGGAACAAUGCAAACAAACCUGUCAUUGCAAGCUUAUUUUUUGUUCGUUCAGGAAUCGUGGAGAAUUAGAUUCCAGCACGAGGACGAAGAAGACGCCUUAGCUAAAGCGCUGGAAUGGUCCACUCUUGAGGCACAGAAAGAGAAUAGCUGCAGCAGACAGGUUACCAGCUCAAGCCAGCCUUUGUGCGAAAACACGGUAAAGUAAACAAAACAAAAAGAAAGUAACAGCAAUAACAGCAACACCAAGUACUAAAAACCCAGAAAUUUUAAACUCGCUUAACACAAUACGAGAUGUUUUCACGACUGCGUUUACUGGAACUUUUUCCAGCUUAAUUGAUUAAAUUGUUCCAGUGACCAAAAAAACCCACAUUUUUUUACCUUCCCAGGUCAAUAUGUUAAGAUGACGUUGAGCUUGUUUGUUUGUUUGGACAGGGAAUCAAUGACGAAGAUGACGAGCAAUUAGCAAGGGCCAUACAUUUAUCUCUUUCCAAAGUCCACGCCGGAGUAGAGGGUAAAAUAGAAUUUGCCCAGCUUCAAAGGAGUGCUAAAGGAACUGGUAAGUUAUAACAUUUUAAAGCCUUAUUAUUGGUGAACAAGUUUAACGACGAAAUGAAUCGAAGCGAAGAUAUAACCUUAAGAUAAUUUAGCCUAUCCCUCAGGGGCCCUACUCACAUAUUUCAGUGACGGGGGGGUCCGAAGGAUUUUUUUGGGUCUGACAUUUUGGCCAAAAGGGAUUUUUUGGGGUCUUUGAAAGACGCCGGGAUUUUUUGGGGUCGCGAGAACAACACAGGGAUUUUUUUGGUUAUUGUAUUUUUCAUCAGCUCAAAUCAAAAAUAACAUGAGCGCAAUUUAUAGUUUUGUUUUUGACCAAAACCAAAGAUGAAGCUGGCAUGUUUUAGCUUUCCAGAAGAUAAAUAAUAAAAUUUGCUGAUGCAAAAACACUGAGGGAUUUCUUUGGGUAUACUAAAAAAAGUAGGGAUUUUUUUUGGUAGACAAUACUGAAGUUGGGAUUUUUUGGGGUAUAAAAUAUGAACCUCUGUCGGACCCCCCCGUCAUUAAAAUAUGUGGGUGGGGCCCCUGGGGCCCAUCCUCACUGUCCUGCGAUGUUAAAUGAAUUCCUUUUUCCGAACAUUUUGUUAAACUUGAAAUUUGUAUCGCGCAAAACUACAUUCUCUUUUUCUGACAGGUACUCUCAUUCAAGGGCAGAGAAAACUGGCAAUUCCACUUUGCUUGCCAAACAACUGGGAGUGGAAUCCUACAACAGGAAAAUGUACUAAGAAAGGAGACAGGCGAUCGUCUCUUUAUGUGGUGGAAGAUGCAAUAGCCCAGCUUAGACAGAUUAAAGGUUUCAUAAAUGACUCUGACAUAUACCUAAUUAAACUUAAAUGCUUGAUGAGGAUCCUACAACAGAAUAAGAGAUAUACGAGAUACUUUUCAUUGUAACGAAACACCUAAGUUCAUUCCUAUUUUCUCGUCUUAUGGAGACUGUAUCUGUUGGCUUAAUUUUAAAAUUGAUGUUAAGUUUAUUUUCCUUUGAUUUUUGUGCAUUUAAAUGCACGAAAAUUAGGAAGAAAAUUAAAACUAAACGAGCAAAAAGUAACGAGAUAAUGUUCCGACGUUUCGGCGACAUCAUGAAGCCAUUACUUUUGGAAUAGAAAUAAAAUACGAGCUCAAAAGGAGUUAAAGUACUCUAAAUUUGCAUGGAACGCUUUCAAACUAAAAUGUGUUUUUCCAAACUUGUAAUUUUCCGUCAGCCUCAUAGAAAUUCCUCUGAGUCUAUUCUUCACCCAUUGUAGAUCUUGUAUUCCCAACAACAACAAAACUGAUGCGCUAAAAAAUGCAUUUAUUUCAAUAGCUAAAUUUUACAGGCAAUAUUAUUCAUAAGUAAACAUUUUGCAUGAACAAAAAGCAAAAAUUUUGCAUUCGAUAAAAUAAACACAAAAUACCUAAAAAUCACUGGAUCAAGCUAAGAUGCAAAAAUUUUGCAUCUGGGAAGCUGGAUACAAAAUACCUAAAAUCGACUGCAUCAAGCUAUGAUGCAAAAAUUCUGUAUCUGGAAACUGGAUACUAAAUACCUAAUAUCUGCUGCAUCAAGCUACGAUGCAAAAAUUCUGCAUCUGAGAAACUGGAUACAAAAUACCUAAAAUCGACUGCAUCAAGCUAAGAUGCAAAAUCUGCAUCUGGAAACUGGAUACAAAAUACCUAAAAUCGACUGCAUCAAGCUAAGAUGCAAAAAUUCUGCAUCAGGGAAACUGAAUACAAAAUACCUAAAAUCGACUGCAUCAAGCUACAGUCUCAGUCAAAACUGCUGGGACACUUUUGUGACUUCUCAUCCCCCCAAUAUUGGUGUACUCGAUUUGGUGACUGAAUCGCAAUAAACAACAUUGGGAGGGAAAAGGAAAGCACAAGAAAGGAAAAAACAUUGUUUCCUUUAAGUGUCCCAACUAUAGCUGUAUUUUUGUCUGGGAUUGUAGGUUUAUCACUCAAAUGACUCUGAGAAGUAAAAAAAAAAAAAGCAAGAAAGAAAGAAAGAAAAGAAGAAAAACAAGAUUUUUAAAAUUUAACAUACAUAAAAGGCCAGGGUUGUCACUAAGAUUUCGAGUCUUCAUAGCCAAUAAUAUUACGGCUUAACUAACAGACGACCACUAACAUAGCGACGUAAUUGACCAAUCAGAUCAAAAACCAGAGUAUAAUACCAUCAACUGACGUGAUACAACUCACUUUGACUCUGAAGAUGACUACCUCACAGGUUGUCAAAACGUCAGUCACUGCCAACCUCAACAGUCCUAUUCAGGACUACGUUCACCAGGACGAUCAAACUCAACCUACUUUUGAUAACUAGUUUUACUAACAAAAGCAACUGACUUUGUAUCGGUUGUGUAAGGUAUACCAAUUCAUAAACAUCAAGCCUUUUAUGGCAUAAGCUGACUAAUGUCUGAUUUAUGCCUUUUUAGGUCCAGUGUGUGUUGUAUCCAUUGCUGGCACAUACAGAAAAGGGAAGUCAUUCGUGUUAAGCCAAGCCUUUGAUCAGCCGGACGUCUUUCCUUUGGGGCAUUCCAUGGAAGCUAAAACCAUGGGGAUCUGGUUAUGGGUCGUACCUGGAAAGUAUAAGGUUUGGAAUUCAAAAGAUGGUAAAUGUUAAUUAUUUCUUGGAAAAUGGAGUUCUCUUUAUCAAAUAUUACAGUAGACUGGAAGAGACUCAAAGUCUUAGGGUAGUGCUUUUUACUGAGGAAGGCCAACGUAGCGGUAAUGAACUUUGCAUUGAGAUGGACAAGUUAAUUCGGGAAACAGAACUGUUGUUGGUGUAUAAAUCACAGAGAAGAUUUAAGUGGUUAUCCUAGUAUCAUAAAAUGAUCUCGCUAAAAGUAAAAUGUUAACGUACAAUUAAAUGCACAGCACUUAAUCGUUCCAUGGCUACAGCCUCGAACAAAACUCUUGAGACACUUCCAUCAUUUUUCAAUAUGCGCCAUACUACUCCAAUUUCCUCUAAAAAGAACAAAGUCAUUCCUACCCUCCCCACCCCCCAUUGAAAGCGUUGUUUUAAGGUAAAAAAAAAAAAAAAAAAAAAAGGCGUACAAUUCUGGCUUUACCCAAAACAAUAUUGAAGGGGGAAGGAGGAGAAACAGUUUUACAUUCCUUCAAGAAUGAGUGAAAAAAAAAGUACUUUUGUAGUGUGUUUCAACGCGUUUUGUUUGAGAAAUUGUAGCGCUACACCAACUUUCUUCAGUAUCAAAGCCGUUUAUUCAAUUGUUGGUUCGUGUUGUACUGUUAAACUCAGAAUUCUAAUGGCCAGGAGUUUACAGUGGUUUUACUGGACUCUGAAGGAACUGACGCGUCAGAUGGUAAAGGUUUGGAUGAUCAUCAGAUUUUUACCUUAACUGUUCUAUUAGCUUCUGUGCUAAUAUACAAUUCUCAAGGAGUACCCACAAGACGUGAUGUAGAAGGACUGGAGUAUCCUUCACAAGAUACACAAGAUAGAUAACUAUGUUCUCUUUAUUGAAAAAGUACAAUAAACUUAAACCAGCUAUUACUAAGGCGCUGCAUUCACUUUAUUAGAACAGAAGGGCAGUUUGUAUGCGCAUGCGUCAAUAUAGUCUGUUGAAGUGCCACAGAGGCAUUUUCUGUGAAUUGUUUACGUUCACUACGAGCAUUUGCAGGCUGUUUUUUGGAGCUGAAUGACGUAUAUUGGGAGCUACGUUCCCCAAACGUGGUCUUUAAGGUAUCGAGGUAUUUCUCCGAUGAAAAUGAGUUUAUUGUAGCUUCGCUGUCGCCCUUGAGAGGACAGUCUUUCCUUUCGUAAACAGUACAUCGAAGACAAGAUGGCAGCUGAAUGUUGUUACGACCUAACAUUUCGCGCACAGUUUUUGAGCAGCAGGAAAAGGUCGGUAUGAUAAUUCUUCUUUGAACAAUCAUGCUAUAGAUAUUUAAUUCUUCUCAACAGAAUAACUCUAAAAUCGAACUUAAUCGUUUCAGGAAUACAGUGGUAAAUUAAUUGUCCAUUUUGCCGUGAAAUUGUUUUUCACCCUUUCGCUGGCUUCUUUAUCUCGAAAUCUUGCCUUUCUCCCCAAAUUAAGUUAAUGAUUAAUAAAACUAAGAAUACUUCCGCGAAUGAAUGGUGCUUUGAUGAAGGCUCUGAAAUGAAUCGCCUUCUGUAGCAAUAGACCUUGUCACGGUUUUCGACGCCAUCUUGACGAGUAGGCAAACGCGUGAGAAAUUACAGUGUUUGUAUGAGAAUCUAAUGUCGAAUAAUUUCCGUAGAAGGGCUGUUCUGAAAAAAAUAUGAUUUGUAAACUAAAGCUUCACUCCUGAGGAUUCUCCUGAAAAAAUAUGAGGGCGUUACAAGCAUUAGAAGAGCUAGAACCACUUUUUUAAAUUCCUAUACAUUUGUCUGUAAGAAAGUCCCGGGAAAAUUACAGACAAAUACAUGGAAAAUGUAAAGCAAGCCUCUGGAGAAAUUUAAGCACAGGUGCGCCCCCAAAUUUUUUAGGACAAUCCUUUGAUUUGUAGCUUUAGUUUACAAUUGAUAUUUUUUUUCAGAACAGCCGUUUUACGGAAAUUAUUCGACAUUAGAUUCUCAUACAAACACUGUAAUUUCUCACGCGUUUGCCUGCUCGUCAAGAUGGCGUCGAAAACCGUGACAAGGUCUAUUCAAUAGCUUUCUUCACCGGUACGUCUUCGUUGAGAAAUAAAAUACACGCACUUCAACUAUAAAUUUAAUUCAAUAUAAUGACGUCUGUAAGAUUGUGUUUUGAAAAUAAGAAAAUUCUAUUAUUUAGUUAUACGAAAGAAAAAAAAAAACUACAGAAAUCGGUUUGAAUUCUGAUUUUUUCCACCUUAUUUUAAUAGUACACUGUUUGUUUACAUUUUAUUAUGCAAAGAAAUAUAACAUUUCGGCGUUUUAAAGAAAAUCUAGCCUAACUCCCCAACCCCAAAAUAGCACGAAAUGAAACGUUAUGAAUACACCUUUUAAAUAAAUCCCGGUUUCUGCUGCAAAAAAAAUGCAUUUAUUCCUAAAUGAUGCCAUUUUGUGGACACUACAUUUUUUGAUAUGCUAAUUUGUGAAACAUUUCAUUCACAUUCUCCUCUGUAUUGAACCACAUUCUUGUUAAAUGCAUCAGUAUCUGCUUGAUAAUUCUUCCCAUAGGGUUCUAUGUACAACUUACAUAAGGGGUGCAUCUGGACACAGUAAAAAGCUCUCAUCAGACACGUUAAUAACAAACAGAUUCACCGCCAUCCAUUUGUGUCAUGUUUGUUGUCGCCUCCCAACUCAUUUGGGUCCUUUAGCAGUGGUAUUUCUUUUUUGAGGAAACAGCAUUAUAUGCCCUCCUCUAACAAACGUCCUGUCUUAUGUUUUAACAGGCUUUGAAGGUGAACAAACAUCAUCAGUUAGAUUUAUGGAGUGACGGGCAUUCUCUGUUCUUGAUGAAUCACUGCUGCCAUCAAAUAUGAAUUAAAAAUAAGAAAUCGAUUGUGGAACACAGGAGCUGUUACUCAAGAGUCGCUUCAAAACAGUAGUUUCUUUUAGAGUUAAAGAAAGAUAAAAGUAUUGUUCGUUUUUUCGGUGUAUGUGCAUUUGUUUUGUCUUCAAGUGAGCUUAUGAAAUGCUCAAGUUACAUAAUCACAUGCAAUUGUUACUGUCUCAGACCCAAUCCAUUCUUCAUUUCCUGUGGAAUAUAUAUUUUAUAUAUUUUUCCGCGAAAACUUUCAAAAAACUGUAAAAAAAUCCCAAAGAUUUCGUGUUUUUGUGGCAAAUAUAAACGCGUCUCCGCGAUCAGUUUAACGUGAGACAUCGCGCUAAUAAAUAAACCUCACGUAGUAAACAAUUUUUCGCUUUUCUUAAAGCAACUGAUGAACAUUGCUACGAUGCAUUUCUUCCUAGAUAUAAAGUAAAACCAUGAGUUUUGACAUGAAACCAUAGAAAUGCAAUGCUUUGCUGGUGAAAAUUAGACUUAUACAGGGACAGUGAUUUUUGGCGUUGAGUCUUUAAAGUCUUUAAAAGGUCAAGAAAACCUAGUGCUGGAAAAUCCCGCUUUGAAAACGUCCGAUUUUUUUCAUGGAGAGCAUUUUUUGUAGGAACUGAGUACGAUAUUCAAAGCACCAACGAAAUAGCUUUUAAAAGGACUGUACGUAACUUUACGCGAGUUUUCGAUUUCCCGCCAUCAGAUUUGAUGAGCCCACGCUAUUGUCAUUCAGCGGAUGCACGCAUGCGCAUGCAAAAUGCCUUUCUGUUCUUUAUUAGUGCUAGACCCUGUUAAAUUUGUAAGAUAUUUUCAUAUAUUACUCAGUUUUACUUUUAAUGAUCUGUCGUCAUUUUCUUGUAAUUAUAGAAUAUUUAUACACUAUUUUCUUUUCACUUCAUAGUAACGAUAAGAAAGUCGAAACGUCGUCUCGUUUUUGAAACUCCUUAAAAUGAUUCUUAGUGAUAUCGUAUCGCAGUUUUUUCUUUUAUAUAAUCAAUUAAUCGUAAUCAUAACCAUAAUAACCAUCACGAUCGCAAUCUUUUUGCACCGCUACCCUUACCGCAAUCGUUAUCGCAAUCGUAAUUGUAAUCAUAAUGAUACAAAUCAUAAUGAAACGCAACAAGGUUUCAGAUAAAAAUUAUUUAUCCAAGAGACGGACAGGUUGUAAAUUUAUGAUUUACUAACAUGACCCAGAUUACAGGUCAUGAGAAAUACUGACCAUGGGCCACAGCUGUACCAAUAAAUAAAAAGUGGAAAGUAAACUUUCUUGCCCAUCCUUGACAAUGCAAAGCUUUAUUGUUAAACUUGCUCAGCGAAUUCACAUUCGAUCACAUUCUGGUAAAGCUUCUAAAGGAAAAGACAUCGAAUUCUUCCACAAGACAUUCCCAUACUUCAUCUGGUUACUAAGGGAUGUGACGCAAUCCAUUCCCACUGACUGCAAGGACAUACGAGACUAUUUCUUGAAAAAGGUAAACGAAAAGGAGUACUUACAAGGAAAGGUACUUAGAUAACUUUAAGUAUUAUAAGAUCAGGCUACGCCGUUUGUGGCAUUGGAAUCUUAAAAAGGUUAACAGUGAUCGAAUCCCUUGAUUUGUCGAAGAGGAAAUACCUCUUGAGCCUUAACUACGCACUGACCAUAUAAAAGCUUCUUGCCUCAAAGAAGCAUAUAAUUGACUCUUUUUUACGAAAAUAUUCCUUGAACAUUAACCCCAUUUUAUGCCUUCAGAUUUAUCGUUGAUUUAUCUUUCACUUGAUGUUCUAGGUUUUCCAAGAGCAGACAUCCUCCUUCCCUGGUGAUAGAAGCAAACAAGUCUCUGAAAGCAUUUUGCGUUUGUUUCCUGGAUUUGACGCGUUCAUGCUACCACCUCCCACAGUUGAUAGCGACUUGAUGAAAAGACUAACAAAGGAGAAAGAUCGGGUGAAUCCUUUAUUCUGGAGCGCUCUAGAGAAGUUUAAGCCCUUAAUCAGAAACAACGUGGCUCCUAAACACAGUUACAAUCAUGGCGAAUAUGUCUCAGGAGAAGGUAAAACUAUUAAAUCAGUGAAAGUGAAUUAAGUUUAGGUAGAACUUUAUCAUGUCGUGAAAGAUAUUAAUCAUCGUGGAUAAUGUGUAUAAAGGGUAUAGUUUUAUCGUCGAUAGUGUCGAUUUACUGAGUCGAACUAUUUGUACCACCGUGGUUGUUAGUGAUUGGUGUAUCACGAACCUCGCUCAUGAUUGGUGGGUUUCGAUCCGAAGCACUGUUGUCAUUGUGAGGGGAAGAAACUGAUCCCUGAGCUGUCCGCUGCGGUGGAGGCUAUCAACAUAAGACUUCACCCGAACAGCAUCAAUAGGGACAGUGGAAUUAAGAUUCCUGAAGCGUGGAAAAUUCGCAAAUGUUUUAAAUGAGAUGGAAAUGGGGACACAUAAAAGAAGUGAUUUUGACGAAAAAGCGCCUUGGCGAAAAUUCCAGGAGAUUGCAAAAGAGACCCGUGAAAAACGUGCGGUUUUGGCGAAAAUGAUGAAUUUUGCAAAAUUUGCCAAAGGUUUCUCUAAAAUUCAAAGAGAGGGGAAAAAAGCCCCAUGGAAAGUGGCGAUUGUAGCGAAAAUGGCGAAUUUGGUAAAGAUUUCCCCAAGGUUGGUGAAAAUUCAAACUAGAUGGCAAAACGCUUAAAAGGGGCCCCUUGGAAAGUGGCGAUUUUGACGAAAAUGAGGAAAUUUGGCGAAGAUUCGCCAAAGGUUGCCACAAAUUUAAAUGAGAUGGCAAAAAGUGGCCUCUUGGAAAGUGACUAUUUUAACGAAACGGCGAAUUUGGCAAAGAUUCGCCAAAGGUUGGCUAAAAUUUAUAUGAGAUAUCUGAAGGCGCACCUUGGAAAUGGCGACUUUGACCAGAAAUUGGCGAAUUUGGCUUGAUCUCUGUCGCGUUUCAUUAUAGGUCUCGCUGCCUUGGUUAAUUACUAUGUCAAGGCCAUAAACACCCCUGAAGCUAUUCCAAAUGUGCAGAGAGCAUGGGACCAUUUUGUUACAAUCAAGUGUUCUGAUGUAAUUAAAAAUGCUCUGGUAACAUACGACGCACUCCUGAACUUCCGACUCUGAUGAAAGAAAAUUUCAAUGUUCUAUUAUUAUAUAAGCUGUGACGUAAAUUCAUACGGAAAUGAGUUCUAGGCAAUCAGAGGAGCGAACGAUGCUUUUCACACGUGAAAAAAGCGAUACGUCCAAUCAGAAUCACGAACGAUAUUUUUUCACGCGUGAAAAAAAUGAUACGUCCAAUCAAAAGCCACAGCAGUGUGUGCGUUUCGCGCCAAGAUUUCCGCCGGUUUUUAUGCACUUGCAGCUUGCAGUGCCCUCGCAUUGAGAGUUGCUUUGCACCUUGGAAAUGGCGACUUUGACCAGAAAUUGGCGAAUUUGGCUUGAUCUCUGUCGCGUUUCAUUAUAGGUCUCGCUGCCUUGGUUAAUUACUAUGUCAAGGCCAUAAACACCCCUGGAGCUAUUCCCAAUGUGCAGAGAGCAUGGGACCAUUUUGUUACAAUCAAGUGUUCUGAUGCAAUUAAAAAUGCUCUGGUAACAUACGACGCACUCCUGAAGUCCCAGAUCUCGGGCGAACUGCCUUGUGAUAGCAUCAUAAUCCGUAUGAGUCACGACGUUGCUUUUCAAGAGAGUGAGAACCAAUUCAUGGCCGAAAUUGCAGGGAUAUCUACCAACACAGUGGAAAUGAAAAUGCGAGAACUCAAGGUACGUCCGCAACGGGCCAUUUGCAUGAUGACGCCCCUUUACUACUAGGAUGAUAUUCCAUCAGAGUUCUCCUUUCAUGUGGAAAUUUGGGCUGUUGUUAUUAUUUUAUACCUCUCUGGGAUUACUAAAUUUGAAUAUGAAAGGAAAAGUGAAAAGGAUUCUGGUCGUAGUAGUGAAAUGACGCCAUCAUACAAAUAGCCAAUUGCACUUAAAUGCAGUAUCAUUAUCUGAUAAAUUAAUAGUUAUUGAAUUAUUACCAUUGUACAAUAAUUUUUAGAGAUAGAUUAUUCAUCUAUGCAUGAGGGUGAACGCCGAAUAUACGAGGGUAGGUUAAAUGCUCCAAGUUAACUAUACGAUUAUUGAUGCUGAGUUCAGCUAAAUUGUGAGGACCGCAUACGCCUCUCAACCCUCAUGCCGUGUUACGGUAAUUUGGGAAGAUGUGGCUUCCGACUCUGAUGAAAGAAAAUUUCAAUGUUCUAUUAUUAUAUAAGCUGUGACGUAAAUUCAUACGGAAAUGAGUUCUAGGCAAUCAGAGGAGCGAACAAUGCUUUUCACACGUGAAAAAAGCGAUACGUCCAAUCAGAAUCACGAACGAUAUUUUUUCACGUGUGAAAAAAAUGAUACGUCCAAUCAAAAGCCACAGCAGUGUGUGCGUUUCGCGCCAAAAUUUCCGCCGGUUUUUAUGCACUUGCAGCUUGCAGUGCCCUCGCAUUGAGAGUUGCUUUGCAGACAUUCUGAAGAAAAGACCCAAGGUAGAGUUUUUCUCGUAGAAAAAGGAGAAAAAUCGCGGAAAUUGGAUUGGAAUGGUUUUGUAUAUUUCACUAUCGAUGAAGAAUAUUGAAGAGAGCUGGGGCAAAACAAAGGCGAAAGGGGAAAAACACAACAAGAAGUAAGCUUGUACUUGAACUUUUUAUCGGAGCUAAGCUUUUUAAGCCACUUGCUUGUGUUUUUAUUAAAACCGGUCAUUUCACUCAAAAUCGUUCAUUUUUAUUUGUACAUUCAGAAAAAAGUUAAUAUUACUUGUAAUUUCUGGAUUAUUUCAUAUAUCCUCACCCUCAUUACAACUUUUACCAAGCGAAUUUUAAUACUAAUAUAAGCUUAUUAUAAAUCACUUCGUUUUCUUUGUCGUUUCACGGUGUGCAUAGUCAUAUUUUGGCAUUCAGGAUUCUGGAAAGAUUUGAAAUAAAAGGCUGGUAAAGUGAUGUCUCUAUAUGAAAUAUAACAAGAACGCUCUUACCGCGACAGUCAGUCUCCCUUGCUUGGAGAUUAGAUCAAGAAAUGUGGAGGCGAUUCAUUGUACAUGAAACAGGGUUUACUCGCUAAAGGUUUUUUACUUCCUACUUUAUCGACGUAGAUACUUUUUAUUUUUUUUCUGAAUUGAUUUAGUACGCGUUUUAGCGACGACCAGAAAUACGUCUGCGGUCGCAAGCUAUACGCAACGCAACGAUUCUUAGUCCCAGUUUCUACGGUCUCUGCGGUUUCUACGCCUAGCACAAUAAUCCCUUUUUGUGUCCUGAAUACGACAAAAAAAACGCGUUGCAGAUUAUGAGUCUCGCCGCUUACGCAAGCGAGACUAAUAAAUACAAUACCACGUGGAAAGUGCUUUGUAUUCUUUAUAUAUGUUGCGCUUUAGGGGAUCAUGGGAAGUUACCCAAAAUGGUUAGCCACGAGCAUGGAAUAAUUUGUUUAUAUGUCCAGUAUUGAAUCAGCUUUGGCGCCAAAUAAGCCUUAGUUUGUAUGCACAAUUACUAUUGUCGAGGCCGUAGGCAGACGUCGAGGCGGAGAACAUCCUCCAAGAUGUCCAUAAUUCUUCAGAUGAUACGAAAGCCGAAUGUGUUUUGUUUUAUUAUUCAUUCAAAGUAAUUCCUAGUUUAAAAACAAGCUAAAGGAUGCUUAUCUCCAUGGAUAUUAAGUUCAUUUUCCAUAGUGCAUAUGUUUAUCGGCAAGGGUUGUUCAGUUCUGCAGGUUCUCCAAAUAACAGAUGUCCGUCCAGUUGUCUUGUUGCUGUUUAUGCUGUGUUUUUAGCCAAACGUUCGCCUAUUUCUUCCUUGUCAACCGAGUAAAAAGAGUUCUGCCGCUUUUUAUCACUACCCAGUAAACAACUCAACCUCUUCCCCAUGUUUUCUCGGUUAGUGGUUCAAUAAUCUUGCAAUUUUGCUGCAAGAUUGACGUCAUCAGUUCAAUAUCGCAAUUUUUUUCCAAAUUCGGUCAACAGUAGCUGGUUAUAAUGCAUUAUGCAUGCGUGUGAUUUUAGCCAAUCAGAAAUAAUGAAAUAUUUUGAAUGAAUGAUAAGAACAGACUUAAAUCUUUUGAUAGCGUCAGUGGCAUGUUACAUAUUCCAUCCGCCCUAGACAAAUCAGUCAAGUCCAAAUUUCCGAAAAAUCCAUAAUCUCUUUAUUGAAUUUCCCAUCAGGAGUGCAUGGCCCAAAGAUUGCUCUCGUGGCACUACGAAAAUGAGGCUAGAACAAAGGAAGCGUGUAAGGAAAUUCUUGUUCGACUUAAAAGGCUUCACUUGGAUCCUGUUCUGGAGAGACUCAAAGGGCGGGAAGGAGCCAAAGUAUCAUUUCAGAACAUAACUAACGCGUACGAUAAAAUUAAAGAUGACUAUGGAAAGAAGGCAAAAGGCGCUAAGGAUGUUAUCGCUGCGGUGUUCUUCGAGUACCAUCGAGUAAGAAAACCAUCUGCUGCGUAACUGAUCUAUGUCGUUAUUAACUUAUUGUUAUUAUCAUUAUCAUUAUCAUUAUCACUGUUAUUAUUAUUAUUAUUAUUACUAUUAUUAUUGAGUUCCUGGCAUUCGGUCAAUUUUCCAGUCCUUUCUCGAGCGCCCCAAUAACAACUGGUAUCUUCUCUGUCUCCGUUUUCUACAUUUUGGCGAUUUCAUGCUCGAAGUCUUUAUACUUAGAGAGUUUCCCGACUACCUUAACGGAUGUAUUUCUGUCCGAUGGGAUUGCCAUAUCUAUCAUAUGGCAUUUCUUAGUAGUGUGAUCUUCGAUGAUGAUAUCUGAUAUCUGUUAUCUAAGACAUACUAGUGUAAUUGCGAUUGAUUUUCUCUCUCAACAUCCGAGUCCAAACCAAGGACUUUGGCAGGCAAAGAGGGUUUCUACUUGAUGGAGAGGACCCGCCUGAGAAGGUGGGCUGUAGAAAGGAGAGUUAUUUCUUGAGUUCGUGUAUGUUGAUGUUGCCAGGGAUGUUAUUGGAGUAGUUUUCCACGUUCUUCUUGAUGGUGCUAAGGACUCCCAUAACUCACCUGUUGUGUUGGUACCAGCGUGUUGGGAGGCUUUUAUCCUAGGCUUCGAUGAUUAAACCCUCGGUUUCUGCCUUGAGGUCAGCUGCUUUUAGCCAUCUGUGGGUCUUGUCUUGGUCCACGUACUUGUUUCACCCUUUGUGGGUAUUUGCCGUGGAGCGCGUUUGAUUCCCACUGGGACUUGAGCUGUUGGCGACCCUGGUGUUUGGCCUUGGCCUUUGUUCUGCGGACAUGGGUGGUGUUCGCCCUUUUCCGCUGCAGGUGGUAUUGCAGACACUCCCAAUUCCCGACUGAACGUCAUUGACUGUCUGCUGAUAGAGUACAAGGGUUUCCUGUCGUUAUGGUCUUUGACAAAGUGGAGGAGGGUGUCCUGCGUCUCCUGGAGGUAUUUAUUAAGACCGAUGGUGGUUGACUUGUAGGAAAGCUCCAGUUGUAUUAUAGCCCCCUACCUCCUUCAGUUCUGGGCUGGUACAGCCUGUCCACAUCAGAUUUGGGGUGGUGCAUCUUGUACAUGGUCAGGAACUUUCUAGUCUUAAUUUGUAUCAAGUUUGGGCAGCUCUUGUAACGUCCAGUUUAUGAUGUUAAAACUGUAAGUACCACUGGUACCGCCAAAGUGUUGAUGACUUCCAGUUUGUUUGUCGUGUUCAGCUUAUUAUUGUCAUUAUUACUAUUACUAUUAUUAUUAUUAUUAUUAUUAUUAUUAUUAUUAUUAUUAUUGUUAUUAUGAUGUUUUGAUUAUGCUUUGGUACUAGAAUUCUCAGUAACCUUAGUUUCAUGUCCUUCUUGUCAAGACACAAAGGACUGUCCUUUACGGUACGUUCAACUGGAUUAUUCACUACGGUUAAAAUACUUUAUUUUGUUUAUAUAGUAUGAACGGGCAUCUUAUUAGAAGUCAGUGGGUAUUUAAUCUUGUUCUAGUCUUCUCUUUUAAUUUUUUUUUUAAUUUUUAAGGAACUGAUACAAGAAAAACAGCAGUUUCUGGGAUUGCUUAAACAGCUUAAGGACUUUGACGAAAAUCUUACUCGUGAGUUGAUUGCAAAAGCUUAUCAAGAUCAGGAACGGAAAAGAUUGCAAGUAAAUAUGAAACUGAAUGCUUCAUAAUAUAGUAAGAAACAUAUAGAUGUCUGUUAAUUAUAGGGCUUGUUUUACGUAUUACAAUGGAUCUGGCCCAUUGCGGCAAAAUAAUUUAUUUCCUUUAGCCGAUUUUAAACCUAAAGCUGCUAUCGGAUUCGCAAAUAAUGAAAAUAAGGGACGUUUUUACCGAAAAAGUGAAAUUCUGCAGAAACAAUAAAUCCGUUACAUUUCGAACGUUAUAACCAUUGAAUUUAGGUAAAGAUAUAUAGUGCUGUAGGGUGUUGAUGGUUUGAGGUUAAAAAGCUGUUGCGAGUAAUGAUAUGACAUUGGUGGAAGUCUGGCAAUUUUUCAUCUGCAAGCCACACGAAAUGUCAAAUCUUAGAACACACUUUAGUUAACGGUGUAUGGUCUUCCUUCACAGGAACAGCAGUCACGAUUGCAGCAGGAAAAUCACGAACAAAAGAGAGAGGUAACAAUGAAUAAUGACUCAUUUUACCUGAAAGGCGCUUUUUUAUGAGUCUCCAAAGUGCUUUGGUCCUGUUUAAACUUCAAAUUUCACAUCUACCAAAUUUCAUUCAGCAAUUAAAUGUAUGUGAAUUUUAGGCGUCUUACCCUGUUAAAUUUGAAUUAAAUGCGACUCUCGCCAUUUCGGACAAGCUUGAAAUGUUCAAAGUUUUGAUUGAGUCAUGUGCGUCGAACCUAAGCAUACCGAAUCAACGCUAUUUUACAGGUGCACAGGUGCUAGUUUAAGGGUACUCGUGAUUAGUUAUUCAAUAUGACGCGUUUUGUCUCUAUUUAUGACAACCAUCUUUUUUUGCUGUGUAGAUUCAGUAUAAUAUGGCUCUAAAUAAUCAAUAUUUGAUUUGACAGAUAGAAAUAUUGAUAAAAAACCUGGAUCAAGAAAAGAAAAGAUUUAGUGAACACAUGAAGAGUGAAAUGAUUGCACAACAGGAACAGAUAAAGAACAUGAUGGAUGCAAAUAUGAAGCAAGUUCAGGAGGACAGAAAGGCCUUCAUUGAAGAAAACGAAGCUUUGAAAGAUAAUUUAAGGGAAAUCCAAAAGCGCAACGAGGAAAACGCGAACUUGAUCAAGCAAUAUUCUGACUUAGUCGCCAAAACAGAAGAGGAAAUGCAGAAACUUCGUGAAGACAUGCAAAAUAAAGCUGCAAAGGACAGGGGAGCAGAAAUUCAGAAGUUAAAGGACAGACAUGAUAGAGAGAUGAGAGCCAUACGUGAAGAGAUGGAGAAAAAUAAAGUCAAAACCGGCUGUGGUGGUACAGGAUUUACAACACGCGCGGAAACAGCAGCGAGCCUAAAUAACAAGAUUCAGCAAACGUACGACGAUCAGGAAGAGGUCGAAAAACCUGGUUUCUUUAAAAAGCUUCUUAAAACUGUAGGUCGUUAUCUCAUUCCAGUGGCUGGUACCGUGGUUUCUGCAGUUUUCCCUGUCCUUGCGCCAAUUGCUCUACCAGUCGCUGCAGGUUUAAGUGCUGCCGCUGUAUUCGUCUCUGAUAAUUGUAGCAUUUUGUAAAAAAAAAAAAAGGAAAAAAAACAAAAUCUUGUGUUUAACAACCUUUUUCAAAAACCUUACGUUAGUGGUAAUCAAAUCGAUUGAGAGACAGAUAUAUAUUAUCUCCACGAACCCAUGUCUCGCAAUUCCCAGAAGAGACUUGAGCACGAAGAGAACCAAUCCAAGUAUAGAAAAGCUGAUCGGAAAGCCUCUGAGUCAAGUUAGAAUUUUAAUAUAUCGAACGUCAGGGCUAUUAAGAAGAACCGGGACUUCUCAUUGAAAUGAUGUAGCCCUUCAUCCAGGCUGAGUUCUUAGCUAUUUACUCCUUAUCGUAAGAAAACUGUGUUUUAUGGUCGUAUGCAGUAGAGUGCUGUUAUGCCUCAGAUCAUGGGCUUUAGGAAAAAUCGGUAUCGACGAGCUUGGUGUAUAGCUUAAUUCAUCUCAAAUAGAGUCAAUUUACUUUCAGUGACGUAGUCUUUUGCCUGUCAUGAUCAUUUCUCCUUAAAGUCCUAAUCUUGUAUGACUAGUAGGCCGCGUGGUGUAAUGUAAGCUUCAUACCCCAUUCGUGAUCGCUAACACACAAGCGUUAUCCUAUUACAUGUACAGUACCUAACAAACUAGUGUGCUUAGCGCUCGCACCAUGGGCUAUAGGAAACAUGGGUUUCGACUAAACAAAGGUUAAACUUUUAUUCAAUGAAGCUGAAUCACUUAAAUUGAAGUAUUCUUUAGUUCUUUCUGGUUAGUUCUGCUGGUACAUUUCUUGUAGAAAAGUCUGGAAACACUAGUUUGAUUCAGAAGUCGAUAUGCAUUCGUUAAGUCUUGGUAACGAGCGUUCUCUUCGAAUCCUGGGGCGUUUACGAAGGACCGCUGUUUGUCGUGAUGUUGUUACCAAAGAGUGUGUUGUUGGUGCAUAGUUGUUGUUUCGCUUAAAAGCCACUGCCAGGCUUUCUUUCUCGUUACCGUCGCCGUUGUCGCUGAUGAAGCUUGCUAAUAGAACAUAACUGCGCCUCCGGAUCCGUCGACAUUUUGCCUGAGAAAGAAAAUGCAUGUCUAAUACAUGUGCGAGUUUUCGAAUAGUCCCACGGACACUAUUCAACUUUCUUCAAACGAUUCGAUCAGACUCAACACAGAGCGGUGUCAUAUAUAGGAGCCUCGAGCAAAGUGAACUUCACUGGGAAAUAAUUAUGCACAAAUUAUAUUAAUAAUAAUUUUAUAUUGAUAAAAAUAAUAAGAGUUUUUACUUUCAAGCUACAUAACAAAUCCUUAUACAAAUUGCUCUUCGCGUUAAGAUACAGUGCGGCUCAAUUGCUAAGCUUUUAUAUGACGCGGUAUUUACGUGGCAGUCGAGUGAGCUGUAGCCUGAGAAAGCCAGUCGACAUCCAGUACUGAUGGCACUUCACUACCCAGAACUGGGGUGGUGCUUCUGAUUGGUUACCCUGUGUUAACGCAUGUGUUUUUAUCAUGAGAGGCAAGAAAUGAUAUUUUUUGCUUCCUUCUGAUAUCCUGGUCAACGAGCUAACCACAUCUGUUCAACAAAUGCAACAAGAAACCGAAAGUUGUGCUUUGGACGAAGAUCCAUUGGUGGUAAGCAGUGAAAAAAGCGAAAACAAACCGUCGCAAGUGAGAGCUAUCCACCCAAGCAAGGAUCUAAAUAGAUAUAUAGUGGACAAGUUCCAUCAACCUACAGCCAAAUCAAAGGCCGCUCCUUUUGAAGCCAUCGAUCUUUCCAUCUAUAAACCUUCAGCUAGAUGCUUUGCUUUCUCGACAUCUGAAGAUCGCCUGUUAUUAUGGAUUGUAGCUUUCCAAUUUCGCUAUUACAAAAUAAGGGGUGACGAAUGGUAAAAUCCGAGCCUUGCCGAGACGCCAAGACCCUAGUUUAAAAAUCCGAGCCCGAGCCUUGAAUUUGUUUGUAAAAUCCGAGCCCGAGUCUUAGCGCUAAAAAAAUCCGAGCCCGAGACGCAGUGAUCCAAAAAUCCGAGCCCGAGAUGCACUUGAUCCGAAAAUACGAGAUACAGCGCUCUGAGCUUUUGUGGGCAUCACAACAAAUAUUUUUCCACUCAUCCCAAAACAUUGGUUUUGUAUUAAAACCAUUAACUUAUAGCUACUUAUCUAGUCUACUUAGUCUACCAGUCAGAGACAUAAAAUUAAACGUAUUAGUAACGCAUUACUGCUUAUAGUCUACUUAUUAACCUGGUUAGUUACUUUAUAAACUAGUUAAACUAAUGAUUCGACAUUCUGCCUGGUUUAAAAUUCACACGCCUUCUGAUAGCUUCUGAUCUGUCGGCUUCUGGCACGCGUAAAUCUGCGAACGAUCGCCUUUCGACUAGCUACUACUGCAAAUGGCAGAGAGUGAAGAGGAAAUAGUAGAGGGUUUUGAAGCAACGAAAGGAAUUAAACGCAAAUACGGUAAGUUAUAAGAUCGUCUUGCUUAGAGCUUAAAGUGCAUUACUAUUUGCUACUAUUAGCUACUAUUACCGUCGCAGCUCGUCGAUCGGACUAUUAGCUUCUAUUUGUAGCUUUUAACAACGUCGUCGAACGAUGCGUUUUGUUCGAUUCGUGUAUCGCAGAGCUUGCUAUUUUUGUCAGCCAUGUUAGUUAAGCUUAGUUAGCUUUAGUUCAUGUUGUACUUCGGACUAUAUCUGGCAACAAGCCACAGUAGCUCAGUUCCUGGAGCGUUAUUUUACCAUGCAAGCAGGCUUUCGGUGAAUAACUUCACAACCUUAUACCAGUCUUGCACUGUGAAAAGACUGAGAUAGAAGGACAAUGGACAGACGGAUAGACUGUUCUAUUUGUUAGCUUUUGUUGUGGAAAGGACUAAAAAAAUAUAUUUUACGUUUUCGCUGAACACCUACUGAGUGAAAAACUCCUUGCGGUGUGUUGACAUGUGACACCCUAAAGAAAGCUAAAGUAGGUCAAUGAGUGUUAGCUAGUGUUAGAAUUCCGUAACUUUCUCGCCGGCUCCCGUGUGAUUCUUAGCUAUUUAAACUUAUUCAGCACCUUGCGGCUUUCACACGCGUAUAUCUGCAUGGACCCCAAACAUGGGCCAUUAUAAGAAUGAUAUAUUGAUGAGUCAUUAUAGAAUGAUGUAGGUUUUUUCACAACCAUUAAUUUCUAUUUGUGUUAAAAAAAAUAGAUGCAGAAAACAGUGAUGUGAGCACUGAUAGCGAUUUUGAGAGGAGGGCUCACUCAAAGAAAAAAAAGAACAGUUCAAUUCUCAAACGAUUGUCGUUGGGUACCCAUGUACUAUCAUGACAUGAUUUCCUCUAUAAAGUAAGUGGAAAUUACUGUUUCCUAUAUCUUACAUAACAAUUGUAAAUGCAGAUUCCGGCAGGGGUAAAUUUCUUAAUUUCUCGUUUCGGAUAAGCUUGCGGAUAAAAAAUUGAACGUCCCAUUGGCGAGAUUUCGAGAUCCAAAUUUUCAAAAUCCGAGACUCCGAGAUCCAAAUUUUCAAAAUCCGAGACUCCGAGACCGUCAUAUUUCUGGGAAAUCCGAGAUUCCGAGACGCUUUUUUUAAGCGCCGAGAUUACGAGACUCGGCUUAAAUUUGCCGAGACUCAACAUUUUUGAAAGGCCAUUCGUCACCCCUAAAAUAAUCGGAAAUGCAACAGAUUAUACUGUGAUAUGGGAACAGCAAGACAACCCAAGCUCAACCUCGAAGUGCGAUAAAAUCUAUAUACAUCUUUCAACGAACACAUCCACUGGCGAAGAAAAAUUGGUAACCAUUACAGUUUUUGGUGCAACUGGGAGGAUCCUCGUGCAAGGGAAAAAAUAUCAUGAAUGGAGCAAAUUCGAAUUUCCGGUGAUUCUGAAAAUUGCCAACACUCUCAGCGAUCUUCAACCUCUCUCUUCACUCUCUUCAGUUGGAGAUGUUUCUCUUUGGAGCCUCGCUUCAAAACCUUUUUACGAAUUUCAUAACAUUUGUCAGAGAUGAUGACAUCCCAUCAUCAAAUAAUUCGGACGCUGAAAUUCCCUCAACAACCAAAUCGGAAGUUUUAUCACCAACUGAAACACUAACAAUCUCGCCAACCCAUUUAAAGACAAUCUCGUCCAUGCGAGACACACUCACGCAGCUAGAGGGCGAAUUUACAGAAUUUCAUAUGACCACUUCCGGGGAUCUGGAACAGCUAAAAGACAAAACCGUUAAACAAGAUCACUUAAUUAAACUACAAAACCAAUCACCUGACGAUAUGCUCAAUGAUUUUUCUUCGCAGAUUACAUCACACUCCAAAAAAUAGUCUCUCAACAAUCAAAUAUCAUUAAAAAAUUGCAAGAUGAAAACCAGAUCCUCCACAAGAAACACGUACAAAUUGACAAAGCAAAUCAGGCCCUGCAAGAAUCACAAAAUUAUCUGAUGACAGAAAUUAAUUUCCUGAAAGAACAAAUGACAGCGCUUUGGCAAAACUCGAAGGAACCUGACCUCCCCAGCCCUUCCUCACAACCUGAGUCUUCCUGCUCCGAAAACACCACUGACAGCGAACGCCAAAAAACGGACUGUGAGGCAUCUCGACUACCCAUCACAGCUCAAAAGCUUACAGUAAAUAUUCCCAAGGAAAACAGGUUUUCGUUGCUCGAGAAUUGUGGCACAUCUGACAGCUUAUCCAACACACAGCAAGAAAUUAACCCGGAGACAAACAUAUAAAACAUGACUCCACCUACUCCACACGUCAUUGCGCCACCUCCAAUCCAGGCAUCUGUAAACAAUAAAGCCGUUUUUCUGUGCGAUUCGAAUGGAAAAUUUAUCGACAAAAGAAAGCUUUUUCAGCCAACACAAGAUUUCACAUUCUUCAGAUGUCCCAAAAUUGAACACGCAAGGGCUAUUUUACAAGUCGAAAAUGAUGGAUGUUUACCCGUUUCUGGGCAAUCAAUAGCUAGUGAAAUGGUAUUCCUAUUAAAAUACCGUAAAAUGCCGAAAUUUCGAGGGGCUUAUCUUUUUCGGAGGGGCUUAUGUACGGAGGGAAAUUGGCCUUUAAAAUUGAUUGGGCUAGCCUUAUUCUUGGAACAAAAUUUACCGUUUUUCUUUGUUUUACUUUGUAUUUGAGGGAGAUUUCCAAGUACAAUUCCCCCCCGGGUUGCUGAGUCGAGCUUUAAAAAAAUAAUAAUAACCAUUAGGAAAUUUUUAAGGGGGUGGGUGGGUGGCUGGACAGGAGGGGAGGGGUUUAAUGAAAAACCAAAGAAAAGGAUAGGAUCAAUUUAUGUUUCUGGGCAACCGAGCCGACGCGAGACUACCGUCCGUCAACGGCGCGUGAAUUGAACGAUUUACUUUUAAAACGCAGACCAAUCACCAGCCUUGUUUUCCAUGUAACAAUCAUAUUCAUUUGAAAAAAUUUUAAGAGCCUUGUUUUUCCCGCUUGAAUCUUUUGACUUCAUAGGUAUGCAAUCAGCGAUUCAAUGUAUCAAAGAAAAUAUACAUUUUUUUGUCUCCUUUUUUAUUUGUAAUGAAUUUUCCUUGAUUUUAUGCGAACAAACAAUGAGUCUAGGGGGCUUUCACGGGUUGAUGUUGCAGGAAAAAAAUUAUUUAGAAGUAAAAUUGUUACUACGAAAGAAGGACUCGAAACGACAAACAACGAUCUUACUUUUAUUCCUUAUUGUGAGUUUCCACGGGAAGGCUUUGCAAGAGAUUGGCUACUUUUAGGCCUUUUUCAAUUAAUUGUGUUGCGAACUCUACAGCCUUGCAGUGCAAAAAGUUUGGCGGGAGGGUGGGGGGGAGAGAUUAUCUCCUGCAGGAAUUUUUUUUUUUUCACUCCAAUCAGGAAAAACAGCAUCCUGGAUUUCACAGUGGUUUAAUUCUUUGGUCCACAGAGCGGAUAUCUGCUUUCGUAGAUCGACUUAUUCAGUCAAUAGCGUAGAAAAAAGACUCGUAUCUACAAGAUACGACAGACUUCCUGAAUCCUAGUCUCUAUGGACGUUACUAGUCUCUACAACAACACACCACACGAAGCGGGCGUAACCACCGUAUGCCACGUGUAAGAAAAUGUGUAAAGAAAAUGCUCUAUCUUAUUUUUUUAUAUUAACAGAAAACUCUUUCCAAUUGUGUGGUAGCAACUUCCUACGGACCGAUGGAACAGCCAUGGGAACAAACAUGGCUGUUGCUUUGGCUAACAUCUUCAUGGUCAGAUUAGAAAACCAGCGCUGUAACAAACUGGUUUUUUGGAAAAGGUGUAUUUUUCUCGAUUUGAACACUUGCUGUUUUAUUAAGGGUUACCACAAUAUGCCGCUCUGAAGAGCCCCUAGCUUAUCAAAGACGCAUCCGACCUGAACAGAAAAAAACUUCCAAUCUUGACAAAACUGUCGACAAGGGAUUGAAAACCAAACACAGACCUACGCAAGUUGAGUUAAAAAAUAAAUAAAUAAAUGAAAAAUAGUGACAAUUUAGUAGUCAUUCUGAGUAAUUUUCGUCUGCAACAUUAACCCGUGAAAGCCCCCUAGACUUAUUCAAGGUGAAGUUUGUUUGUUCGCAAAAAAUCGAAUAAAACUCAUAACGAAAUAAAGAGGUCGUCUAUUUUUUGGUACUUAGUACUUGGGAAAAGAGAGGAAAAACACAUGAAAAAAAUCUUUAUUUACGCACGGGCGUGCGUAAAUAAAGAUUUUGUUCAUAGCGGCUCAAUAGGACUUAUAUAGGGCAAGCACGCGCACUAUGUUAUAAUUAGCAAUAAAUAAAGGAGGCUGAGAAGCAUAUGAAGAAUUAUUAAAAACUUAAUCAUUGGAUAAUGCAAUUCUAGCGUUUUGAUUGGCUUAGCAAUCAUGUAAUAUGAGCCAUUAUACCAUGUUCUCCAUAUAUGGUCAAUGUACGCGUCAGUUGGAAGCUAGCUGUGAUUUUGGUUGCUUACCAUUUACAUGGGCAAACCGGUCGGUCCACGGUUUAGGCAAAUGGUGCGCAAAACUCAGGACUGGUAAAUUUCGUCCAGGAAUCGCGUUACCAUUUGUACGAAUCAGUUCCAUUUACUGGAAAACGACCGCGAACACAAAUUUCCGCUUGGAAUAUUCCGUCUGGAAAAACAGGACUACCUUUUCAACUGUUCCGUUGCUCCCGGAAAUUUUCCGAUGGAACGACCAAAGAAGUCAUUUUCCUUUUUAGAUAGAUGGAUAGAUAGAUAGUUUAACAGAGAUGAAUUAAUUGCGAUAAGGUUUACAAAUGCAAUAAUUUACAACUGUACUAAAUUACAACUAAUUAAAGUUCUUUUCAACGAUUUGAAGAAAGAUGAUCCAACAUAAUUUACGAUUUUAUAACCGUUAUAAAAUCACCAAUUCAAAAGCAUGCGUCAAGUUGCUAUAUACAUUAAGAAAGAAAAUUAUAUCUAGUUCUCGACUACUGUAAACAUAACUUAAAAGAAAACCUAUUCUUGCAUCUUUCAGUUUUACCCUGUGAACGAAUAAAUUUUCUUUGUUCUCUCAGAGAGAAGCUUGGCUAGUAUUUAUUUGGAAGUAGUUUGUGGAGACUGUGAGAUUGAUUAGCACAUAUUUCAUGGGAAAAACUUUGCCGCAAUUGCUCCUCUUCGAUCAAUACAAUACAAUACAAUACAGUGCAAUAUUCUUCAUUUAACGAAGUUGACGUAAUAGCCGGUUGACAUACCGAGCUCGAUAAACUCGUAUCGAGCUCGGUUGCCCAGAAAACUAAACUGAUUCCCCGGAUGUUUACCGGUUUCUGGGUAAUCGAGUUCGAUUUUUUUCAGUCCGGGACCCGAAUAUCGGAUGUUUAUCGUUUUCUGGGAUACCGGGUCCCAUAUUUUCCAGUCGGACCCGAAUAAUAACUCGGACUCGACUGCUUUAUUCGGACACGAACUUAAAUCGGAUCCGAAUUGCAGCAGUCGGGUCCGAUCUAUUUCAGGUGGGAUCUCAAAGAAAUCGGGCUCGAUUUAAAGUAAUCGGGUCCGAAUUGUUUUGAUCAGGCCCGAUUGAGAAUUGGACCCAACUUGUCGGCGGGAAUAGAAUUUGUGCCCGAAUUGUUUCACAUCGGGCCCGACUUCCCAUUUGGGGGGAUAUUCACUCAGUAUUUACGCAUGCUUUGUGGCUCAAUUUUCCUAGGAAAAAAAUGUACUGGGAAAAAAGAUCGUUGUACCAUGUUUGGAUGUAAUAAUGAUCGCUUUUUUCAACUUCAACUCCAACUUUAUUCAUUCACUUUCAAUUUACAAUUACACAAUAGCUUCCACCCGCGUAUAGGAGAGCCUAAUCAACGGGGGAAUAGACACACAAAUUUAAAGAAAGAAAAGAAAAAAAGAACUAUUUUACAAACAGUAGCAGGUGUCGCAAAAUAAAAGCUAUAGUAUGUAUUAAGCUAAUUCCAGAGAAUUAUACAGUGAAGUUUUCGGAUGUCUAUCGUUUUCUGGGAUACCGGGUCCCAUAUUUUCCAGUCGGACCCGAAUAAUAACUCGGACUCGACUGCUUAAAUCUAAUUAUGAGUUUCAACAACUCUCUUUUUCCCACCCUUUAUUGACUGUAUUUACCUCGUCCCGCGCUUGAGAGGUUGCUUUAAAAGAAAUAUUGCUAUAUGGAAAAGAGGAAGGUAAAAAAUAGAUUUAUUAUAGUCUUUAUGUACUCAUCAGCUUAAGUUUACUCAACAAUAAUUGAACUAAUAAUCUAAGUUAAGCUUAACUAUUGAACUGCAACCACAAGAUAUGACUAUAGACAAUUAUAAUAAAAGAUUUGCUAGUAAACUGAUUUAUUUAGAUGAAUAGCUGUAUCGACCAGUAUCCACCAAUUUUGUUAUGUCUUUUAAUUUAAAUUUUCUGCUCCAAAUAUCAGGCAAUUACUGUUCCACUUGGUCUCAAGUGUCUACCGACAUCAUAAUAUAGAAAUUUAAGUUUAAGAAAGAAGUAGAAAUGCUAUCCUAACUACGUAGUUUGGUCUUGCUCUUUUGGACAUUGUUCACAUAUGUACAUUACAGUGCAACACCUUUAAUGCAGUCUCCAGUGUGCCCCCCCCCCCCGAAAAAAAAUGCCAUCAAUUUCCGGAGCAGGGUCAGGUACCGCAAAUCUAGCCAAUUAGGUUAUAGGGCGGUGUCAGGGUUAAGAAGGUAUAUCGAGGUAUUUUCCCAGUAAUUCUUCCUUCUCUCCCUCGUCAUCAACUCGGUCAGAUCUCGAGCAAAAUCUUUCCCUCCUCCUCCCCUUUCACCUGCCUGCUGGUUAUUAUUGUUCACGGUAUUUCCUAUUUCUUCUUUUUUCCUUUUCUUAAAUAUUUAGUUUUGUAGUUUGUGGCGGAUUUUUGUUGCCCUAUUUUUUAUUUAGUAGGUUAAUCGGUUUACAUAUAUUGAUGUGUUGUGAUUCUGUUAGCUUUGAUUUCAUUAAACCUGCCACAACUGUGGCCAGAUUUAUCCGACACAGUUGUUUGUUUAUAUUUUAAUUAUGUUCCUUAUCGGAAAGUACGUAACCGGAAAUGCAAGCAGAGCUCGCGCAGAGUUGGGCCUUGUUUUGAACACAUGGCUUGAUAUAAAAUAAAUUUUAUAACUUUUGAAACAUUGAAUGGCUCCGGCCGUUAUCUUGAAGAUAUUUUAAAAUUUUACCAUCAGUCAAGAACAUUAUAGUCAUCAAGGGAUCAUUUACGCCUUGAAGAACCAAAUUUUAACAUGAAAACUUAUGGCCAGCGAGGGUUUUACGUUGCUGCCACCCGCCUAUGGAACAAGCUCCCCUUUGAAAUUCGAGCUUGUUCUGAUGUUAAACUUCUUAAAUCUAAGUUGAAAACGUUUCUUUUUAAAAAGGUAUAUGUCAUUUAGUUUCAUCAUAUUUGUUUUUGUUUUCUUUCCUUUUUAAGAUGUGUAUGCUAUAAAUGUUCCAAUAUGUACAGUAGGGUUAUAUGUAGGCUUGUGAUUAAUGACAUUCUUAUGUCCUUUUUUACAUCGUAAAGCGCUUAGAACAGCAAUGUAUAAGCGCUAUAUAAAUUCCAUUAUUAUUAUUAUAAUUAAACUUACAUUUUUUGCUAGAGUCUCAGAAUCUUUAUCAAUGCAGUUUGUAAACAUAAUCUUAAUAAACAGAAAGGUAGAGUCCGAAAAUAAUGUGAUUUUCAUUUUCUUUAAUGUCAAUGAACAACUAUUUUUAAAAAGCUAAAGCGAUGUUUGAAGAAUGACUUUUCAGCUGCACUGUAGCCGUGAUUUCGUGAGCAAUCACAACGUGAGCAAUCACAACGGUUCAGUGUCACCAAGGUGUAUUUAUAUUUAGCGCCUGUGGUCUGACCUGUGACCUGACCUGUGGCCUGUGACCUGUAAUCUGACCUGUGACCUGUGACCUGCACUUUAGCCCCGCCGUUUUCAGUACCGACAGUAUUUUGAAGAAGAAAAAAAUCAAACGCGCUAGUAUUCUGGUACUCACUUUUUAUCGAAAAAUACGGGCUGAAUAAUGGUAAUUCGCUAAGGAUGACGGAACAGGAAGAUAUUUCGUCUUGUUACUUUACUAUCGAGGAAACUUGGAGCCGUUAAUACAAUUAAGUUACUUUGCUCACGCGUCACUAUAUUUACCGGACUUCGAUACUUUCGUUUGGAGGCUGCCUUCAGGAACCCAAGCCAAUUCUCAGGUAUGUUUUAGAUAAAUGUCUAAAUGUGUGAAUAAACGAGGAGUGAGAAAAUUUGGAGCUAUAGUUGUUUUCUGCGGCAUUAUUCUUCAUGUUGUACUAAAUUAAAGCUUUUGCCACCGUAAAAACCUGUUCUUCGUUUUUGAAUUAUGUCAGUUCAGCGAGUCUCGAUAUUGCUUUGGAAGUAUCUUCUAGUGAAAGAAGAAGAGUUGUUUUAUUGAUGGAAAGUGUCCAAAUUUCUCCUUGCGGCUUUAUUUGCGAACGCAAGGAGAGUUGAUGUUAGCAAAUUUCGGGUUGAAAACACGGCCAUUUUGAGACUCCGACCACGAAAACUGAUAUUCGUACUCUUCUCGAAAAUAAAGCCUUUUUGCGAGAACAACUUACAUCAGAUUACUUAUCUACCUAAAGGCUAUUUAUGGACAAAAAAAUGGAGGAAAUCGAUUUUUCAACUCUUGUCACUCAAUGGUCGAUAUUUUCUGACCGUCGCUUUUAAGCCAUGAAACAAUAGUCCACUUUUAAAGAGCUCUAAAAAAUUUUCAUAGAAACGAACAAAAAGUCGUAUUUGAUAUGUUUCACAUAAACUAUUCAUCUCCAACAUUUCUCUUUCCUGACUUUAAAGAGUAAGCAACCACCUUAAGAAACGCAAGAAACCUGCCCUUCUUCGAAAUAACAAGCUUCAAAAUAGGCUCCGAAGCUGGUCACAAACAUCGCUGCUUUAGAGAACGUGUUUAAGUCCGAUCUUUUCGCUAGCGUCGCCAAGACAUGGCUGAAUGCUGACAGAUACCGUUUAACGAUGUUGAAAAAUUCUCAGAGCGAGGACAGCGGCUUGGCAGCGUUCGCAGUGACGUGUUAGAUUCUGAUUAGUCCUCCGCCAUUUUGAAAAUCGAAAGGCGGGAAUACAAGAAACAGUGGCGAGAGCUAUAGUGCGUAUGUCUUGUGGUUUUUGCUCUCUGUCAAUUCCAUUAAAUGAUUGGAAUCCAGAAUCUAAGUUCCUGUGAAAAAUACUGGAAUCCAGUACCUGGAAUCCAAAAUCCACAGCGUGGAAUCCAGGAUCCAAGACCGUCUGUCCUGUCUAUACGAUGACAAUGAACCUUUUGGACAUUCCCAUCCCAUUCAUACAAAUUUCCACUUCGACUGAAUGGCAAUUUAAUGUUUAUGAGUUUCUUGAGCGAUGAAUUCACGCCUUAAUAGCAGAACUUAGUGACUGAUUCUGUCGGUUUCCGGUCGUCAUGUUUGUGCACAUCUGGCGCGGAUGAACAACACUAACAUGACGUCUCCACACAAAUUUCCAUAAAUUUGGGUGCAUCGUUUCCCCGAAUGUCUCGCGUAUGAAAAAUUGCGCUGGCGUGAAUCUCAGCUUGGAUAUUCACACAUUUACCUUCUUUCAUAUUCAUGAUUCUGGACUUUAUCUUAUGAACGGUUUUAAUUUUUAAUAGCGUGACCAAAACUAGCAAUUUCUUUUAAAUCAAAUUCGGUCACACUAGCUGUGCAGGUUCCCUGAGCUUUUGUCCCUUUCAGUUUCUAGGAACUGGGGAAAGCCCCUUUAGCUUCCGGUAACUAUCAUUGUCGAUUACUCACGAUUGUACGCAUAGCUUUAACCUUCGGAAAGUGAAUAUACAAACAUUUUUUAACAUAUAAGCUUAGCGGUGGCAUUUUGGCUUCAGUGCAGUCCAUUAUAGACCAUUGAAAGAAGAAGUGAUUUGACCUUCCAGUUUAUUUGAGGUAAAGGUAUUAAUUUUUUUAAAACAGUACACAAACGAUGUCAAACAUUGCAAGGUUAAUAUUGCAAGUAUACUCAUACUGAAAGCGUUUGACAAUUAAAUAGAUUAUUUAAGUUAUACCGUUUCCAAGCGAACCAGUACGGAGUCUGUAGCAUAUACAAGGUAGGUAUGUGUAUAACAUUAGAAAACGCAAUCAAUUAAGAAGAAGUACAGAAACAUUAAGAAGAAUGACGGUUAUGGCUACUUUACCAGCAAAUCGGAAAAAAAAACAAUGCGAAUAUUUAAUUCCCUGUUCAUUUCUAACAAAUAAUAUAUAUUUAAAGAUCUUCUCUAUCAAGGUUAACCCGAAUAAAAGGCGACUGAGCUUGACGUUUUUGAAUUAAAACUCUCAUGCAGGCCACUAUAAACAAUAUAUUAGGUUGAAUGUAUUACAUGUGCCUGUUCUGACGUAUCCGGCAGCGGUCUUAGCUCUAACCAUAAGAAAUUAGCAUUUAAAAAUGGAAAACGAUACAAUUUUCAGUUUCGGUUUCUAGAUUAAACUGAAGGGGGAAACCCCUUCUGCUAUACAAUUCAGGUUGCCCAGUGAUCCCUGCACUGCGUUUUCCCAGUCCCUCUUGGUAAUCGGUGACGUAUCCGAGGGAGUUAGAAAAGCAAUAUUUGUUGCUCUAUAAACUGUUGGGGGAUCCGAAGAAUUUCGACGCCAGUGAAAAGCCUGGAGACCCUGUUGACCCGGUUAUACAGCAUGAAACUCAACUCUUCGUCUUGCUUCCUUUAAUCCAGCCUGACGAGGACAGUUGCAUAAUUUGAAGUCAACAACAUGGCAAUACCUCUCUGUUUGCCCAACAACUGUCAAUGGAAUCCGGUUACAGGUGAAUACACCAAGAAAAAGGAACGACGUUCGUCGCUCUAUGUCGUGGAUAAAGCUCUUCAGAAACUGAGGACUGUGAAAGGUAAACGUUAUUCAUUCCACCCUUGGUGAAUGGCCCACUGUUUUCGGACGUUUAUAUGUGUUGGCUUGAUUAACCGCGGCAGGAUUAGCUCAGUCGGUAGAGUGUUUGACUGCAAAGCGGGAGAUCGCAGGUUUAAUACCCGGGGCCGGACCAGUACGCAGGGUCUUAGAGUAACUGAGAAAUGAAGAUACUGCGUUUGCGCUGCCAACAGCUAGACCUUGGCGUUUCUCGGAUGGCCACUUAAAGUAAAAAUAGUGUCGCACUCAAAGAAAGUGCAUUUUUUCUAAAGCCUCAGCGUAAGAACGGCCAAAGAAAAAUACCGGGAAGGGAAUGCCGUUUAAUAGUAGGGGUUGAUAUUUAUUCUCAUAAUUGACCUAGGUAAAUAAAAGUAUGACCAUUAAGUAUGACGAAUUCGCUAGACAAAAAAAAAAAAGGAAGAAGAAAACAACCACAACAACAACCUAUAAAAGGUGAAGUAAUUAACAGAACUUCCUAUACUGAACGUUAUACACCUAUUUCAAUUAAGGUUGCUUCAGAGGAGACUGAUGCGUAAUCCAUGUUUCAUAGCCCGCGGUGCAGUAUUGUAGCAAGUCUAGUAAAUUAUGUGCCCGCAACGAACCUAGAAACCUAGAGAGCAAACGCUGCUGACGCUUCUAUGCUAUAUCAGCAGAAAGAUAAGACAAUGUAUUUCAAAACACUGAAUCCUAGGCUUUUAAAUUUAAGACAGUGAUUUGAGGUUAGCUUUCUCUCUGUGGUAGUAUGCAAAAACUGAAAAUUUUCAGCGAGUUUGCUUAGCUCGUGCAAGUGGGAAUUUUGGAUGGAGUUUAAUUCAAGGUAUUUUUUGAACAACAAUAAAUAACUUAACAUUAGGUGUUUAUCUAUUUUUGAGGCAACUUUUUUUUAAACUGAAUAAAAAAAAAAGAAUAGCGUUGAUUUGCUUUAAUGAAAUAACCAGCAUUCUGGCCCAUGCAAAAACGCAGCUUAAUCAGGCGGUAAACUCCCCAUUCAUUAAUGAGGGGGGCAUUGGGAUUUUCGGUUUUGCGGUUUUGGCUAUUUUUUAGAUCGGUUUUUCGGUUUUUGUUGUAAAAGACUUCGGUUUUUCGGUUUUGGUGGUCAUUGCGGUUUGCGGAUUUUUCGUUUUUUAGCAUCUGGUUUUCGGUUUUCGUGAAAAAUACUAGCGGUUUUUCGGUUUUGGUACCCGAUGUGGUUUUUGGUUUUCGGAAGGGCAGUGAGGUUCAAUAAUCGACUGCUUUUUUGAGUAUCUGUUUAUUACCACAUUAAACCUUAGAGCAAGUUCCUGCUACCAUGUAAAACUGAAAAGGAACUAAUUGUAUCGGUUAGCUUCCUCAGUGUCGACUCAGCUCAGUGCAAUCGCAUGUUAGACAAUCAAGUCUCCAAACUUGCAGGUGUUAGUUAUCUGCAAAUGGAAAUGUGCGAUUAGAGAUUUUCGAUUGAAGUUUCCAGAGCUAUAGCUUUUUGCGACUGCAAAAUUGCAAUUCUAAAGAGGACUUGUGUACAAAUUCUCCUAAGUUAACUAGGCUCCAUAACUAGCCGCUUUUCGGAAAUUGAGCCGCAAAGUCUGGGCUCGAGAGAGCGGCAGAAACAAAGCCUAUGAUUUAAGCAGACACAAAAAGAUACGAAGGCUUCAGACAAAGUCCAUGACAUUCACAAAUACUUUGGUGAAAUUAGUGUUAGUUUAGUUUGCUCUAUAUGCCCCACUUGUCACCAUUGUAUCCGUUUUUGACGGUUUUGUAUGCGGUUUUCGGUUUUGGCCGAAUUUUUUUGCGGUUUUGCGGUUUUGGAUGAUUUUUUCCUUCGGUUUUGCGGUUUCUAAUAUACCCCAAUGCCCCCCUUAUUAAUGCUGUUAAAAGAAGAGGCUUCUAAUUUUUUACUAUGAGAUUUUAAAAAUGAAAUUUUUCAGCUCGCUCAUGCUUAAGAAUUUUGUCAGUCAUUUGUCUUGAAAGCUCUCUUGAAUGCCCUUUCCCAAUUGGUCUCCAUUAUUUCAAUGAAUAACGUGAACAAGAUUAAACUUCCCGCUCCAAAAGGGUUUACCGGUUACCACAGUGCACUGCAGGUUAUGAAACAUGUUACACCGGAACAACCUUAAUUGAAAUAGGUGUAUAUCAGGAGGCUUAGUGAGUCAUCAGCCAGAAGUUCUCCUCAGGAGGACCUUAUUUUACAGGUAAGUAUAAUAUGUGAGGGCUAACUAAUAGACAAUGUUAAAACAUUUUAUUUAAGAAAACCAGCCAUGAAAUCAGGCUAUAUUCUGUAUGCAUAUCAUGCUGCAUAUCUGAUUACUUUAUAUUACCUAUGAAAGACGGGACACUCGAGCUCUUUUCCUGAGCAACCAAGGACUGGUGGGAUUAGUGAGGCGUAGCAUUUUUAGCUAUCAAAACAAGAUUAAAAAUACACUAGUUCUUUUAUACGAGUCACUGUAUUCUUUUUUUCUUGUAUGUUAUUUUAAAAUCAUCCAUUCAUUUAGUCUGAGAAAACAGCCAACAUUUCACGACGCCACCACUGGUUUCCCCACCAACUCAUCGACCCGUGAAAUUCCACGGAUGACUCGUCAUUACGCAGAUCUUGGUAAUGCUUCUGAUUGGUUGAAGCAAAUUUUCACGUCAAUUCGCUGGGAAACCAGUGGUAGCUUCGCGAAAUGUUAGCUUUUUUCUUAUUUAAUAUGUUUUCAAUUAACCACUCUUGUACGUUUACGUUUGUUUUUUAUAUUUUUUAUAGGACCCAUUUGUGUAGUGUCGAUCGCUGGUGCGUACCGCAAAGGGAAAUCAUAUGUACUAAGCGAAGCUUUUGAUCAACCAGAAGUUUUUCCUCUUGGACACCACAUGGAUCCAGAAACCAUGGGAAUUUGGAUGCAUAUUAUUCCAAAAACGUUCCGUGUAAGCUCCAGCACCUCAAGUAUACAAUGCUAGCUGCUUUAACUGUAGAUAAUUAUAGCGCGGGCAGCGGAUCCUCAUAGCUAGAGAAAUUGGGAAGGAAUCAUCCGAGAAAAUAUGGUUAUCACGUUAGCGUGCAGCUAAGAGACCGUCCGUGCAGACGGUGAGGGUAGGGGUACAAAAACUCAGUAGGGUACGGGAGGGAAUCUCAGACGUGCACCUUGCGUUUUGUUUUGGCCACACUUCCACAGAGUAAAAUGUGAAUGUUUUUCUAUCAUAAAUUUCGGGGCGAUAGUGAAACUGACAAACAACAAACAGGCUCCCAUUACUCCGCCAGUGUUGCUCUCUUUAACUUAGACCUCAUUUAACAUUCUUCGCUCAGUUUAAGAGUCUUAGAUCAAGUGGUAUGGUUACAAAAUCAAUACAAUGCAAACCAAUUAUAGCCAAGUUAUAAUGCAGGGCAUAUUCAUUCUCAAAUGAGAAAUCGAAGUGACUUAUGACUUAAUUAAUUCCAUACAUUUCUGUCAUUUAUGUCAGUCUACUAUCUUGUCUCGAAAAUUUGAGACAUCAUUUUUCGAAUCCCUUUUCUGAUUGUUGCUGAACAUUUUGGCCUUCGUUGAUUAAACUCUUUCUUUCAUCGAACGCUGCUGUGAGCUACUUAAGUUCUUACUUAAAGACAGGCAAAGUUCAAUCGGAGGAUUUGUCUUUUUGGUUAUUAUUUAGGAUUCAAGAGGCCGUGAAUUCACGGUCGUGUUAUUGGACUCCGAGGGAAUUGAUGCUGUUAGUGGAGAAGGAUUAGACGACAAUCAAAUAUUUACACUUACAGUUUUACUGGCUUCUGUGCUGAUUUAUAACUCCUCAGGGGUCCCGACAAGGCACGAUCUUGAAGGUUUGGAGUAUCCUUUAAAGGCUUAGGUCCGCAGUAAAGGUUUAGUUGCUUGCGUCUUAAAUUUAACUAUCCGGACCGCCGCAUCGGAAGUGUUGGAGCCAGGAAAAUGUAACAGAGAGAUAUUGAAGAUGGUUCGCAAUGUUUUUUUCCUUAUUUAUCUUGGAAAUGGUUUGAUGAUCAAUGAUUUAUUUAUCAGCACAAUGAUUGAAUUGUGAAAAAGAUUGUCCAAUCGCUGUCCAUCACAGUUGUCGGAACUCAUGCGUAAAAAGGCGAGUUGUGAGGCCUUGGUAACAGGUGACUCAGUUUCAUCUAAUUUUUUGACCAGAUUGCUAUAAGCCACUUUGUACUCGAUGUUUUUUUUUUUGACUGUUUGCGAAAAAGAAAAUCUUGAAAGUAUUUUAUUUAAAUAUUUAGAUACAAAAAAUAAAAGACGUUCGAACUUGUGGUUAUAAAAGACGUUAAGCUAGGGUGUUAAUAAAGGGGUGGGCUACCGACGCUAUAGCAAACUUUUUUUACGUUAAAAAGUGGUAUAACUUUAUGUUGAACAGUUUUUGGCAUUUGUUUGAUGUGGCAGUACUCAGAAGAUUUACCAGUUGAAGUAAAUUGCUGAAAUGGGCUAAAAACGUAGCUAGCCACCUUGAACUAGAGAGCUGGUAAUAAUUGCAAACACAGUCUAAACCUUCACCGAUGACACGAAUUUCACUCAGCUCAAUUAGUUGUCCAGUUACAAACUUUGCGGUAUGAACUUUCAGAAGUUGGUUGAAUAUGAUCGUCCGGGUGAACGUAGUCCUGAAUGGGACUGUUGCUGUUGACAGUGACUGAAACUGGUGCGAUAGUCAUCUUCAGAGUAAAAAAAUAUAUAUAUUAAUGAAAAAAGAGAGAAAAAAAAAAAAAAAAGGAAGAAGAAGAGUGAACUUUUGAAGUAUGGCCUUUGUUGUGAGAAUUGUGCAUUGUAUAUUAUUCCGUAACUUAGUAUUUAGUUUCAUUGUGAAGCUGUCCAAGCGGAUUAAACUUCGCUCCAACAGCGAAGGGUCGAGCUUGAGCAGUCGUUGUGAAGACACGGAAUAUUUCCAUAAAACUUUCCCAUUCUUUAUAUGGCUUCUUAGAGACGUAACCCAGUCCAUUCCACCUGACUGCACGGAUCUUAAAGAUUACUUCUUGACAAGGGUGAGCUCGUUUACAAGCGUAAUUUUAGGAAUUGGUCUAUAACGACAAGUCACCGUUAAUAUUAUUAUUAUUAUUAUUAUUAUUAUUAUUAUCAUUAUCAAAUAUCAGUAUUAGUUUCAGUAUUACUAUUAUUAUUAUUAUUAUUAUUACUGUGUUUUCAUAAUAAUCAUAACUAUAACAAAAUUCUCAAAUCUUGUUGGCUAUCAACUGCCCUAAUUAUUUAAUUUGUUUUAAAGACCGUAUUCGUAUUUAUUAUAUGGAGAAGAGUGUUUUACUGGGAACUAAACCACUCAUAGAUUCCAUACGCCACCUCAUCCGGGACCCGAGUGGCGUAUUUUCCGUAUGUCACCUUUGUGAGUGUCGUAUCGUUCAAUGACGUCACGAUUCCCGCCUUUUGCUUUUGUUGAAUUGGUUUCUCCCGUCGUGUUUGUUGUUUAGAAUAAAAACAUGGCGUGCAGGUUUGCGUCCAUCAGCGACGAAGAAGUUAAAGAGUUUACAGAAAAACUUGUAAUUGAAAAUGAGAACACGAAGAAGCAAACCUUGUACGACAUAAAAGUUUUCAAAGAAUAUCUUGACGCCUGUGACGAGAAAAGGGAAAUUGAAGAUAUUACGCCCGUGGAACUGCAAGAAAUCAUCAAAAAAUUUGUUCUUGCUGUGCGAAAGAAAAAUGGUGAAGAAUACGAACCCUCGUCCCUCAGAGCGUUUAUCCAAAGCAUCGACCGGCAUCUUCGCGAAAACAACUGUGGAGUCUCCGUGCUUAACGACAAGGAAUUUCACGAAGUGCAAGAUAUUUUAAAGAAGAAACAAAAGCAGCUGAAAUCCAUCGGGAAAGGAAACCGGCCUAAUGCAGCAGACCCGCUGUCAGAUGAAGACAUUGACACUUUUUACAGCCGCAAAGUCUUAGGAAUUCACACUCCUAAAGCUCUAUUAAAUAUACCCUCCGGAUGAACAACUGUACCUUCUUCGGUAUGAGGCCAGGAAAAGAGCAGAGAGACCUUUGCUGGGGCGAUUUGCAAUUAAAAACAGAUUCGGAGGGAAACUGCUUCAUCGAGUUUAACAUUGAAAGACAAACGAAAACGCGUACCGGCGAAGACCCUCGAAAUAUUAGAGAGAAGAAACCUAAAAUGUACGAAGACAAGAGUAACGCAUAUCGCUGCCCCGUCAACACCUACUUGCAAUUGGCUUACAAAGAGCACCGGCCCACAAGCAUGAUGACCGAUGAAUCUUCUUUCUAUCUUGCGGUUAAUAACGAAAACUCGAAACCUGGUCAAAUGUGGUUCAAAUGCUCUCCGCUUGGAGUCAACUCCUUGUGAAGCAUGCUCAAGAACAUGAUUCGGGCCUAGAAACAGAUGAAAAACUUGUAAAUCACAACACAAGAAAGCAUUUGGUUCAGAAGCUGGUUGAAAAUGACACACCGCCAGGCGAAAUCAUUCAGAUCACACGACAUAAAAACGUUAACUCUAAACAACUACUCAUCUUUAUCCGACAAGAAACAGCAGCAGAUUUCCGCUGUGUUGUCUAAUGCUGCCAGUACCAGCCAAAGCUUGUCAGCCGUAUCUAUUGAAGAGAAUACUGAAGCGGAAAGCUUUUUAUCGGGUGCAACUUCGGGAAGUUUAUUUCAAAAUUGCCAAAUCGCAACGGUAAAUGUCCAAGUUUAUCAGUCCGGUCGAACUGAAAAGUCUUCAAAGAUUCGUUGUGAAAAGAAACUGAAAAUCACUGUAUCUGAUGAUUCAAGUCAAAGUCAGUAUUUUUUUCAGUAUUUACGUGUAAUAUUAGCUCACAGAAUUUUGCUUGAUUGGGUUUAGUGUCUCUAUAUACUUGGCACCAAGUACUUUUGUAUUUUCUGUUUGCAAUAAAGCCCAGGCUUAUUUGUAAAACUUGACUACUUUAAAACACAAUAAAAUCGGAAAUAUUUAAUAUUCAGUCUCCAUAUAAUAAAAAGAACAUUACACGUUGGCGAGAAGAUAUGAAUUUUAUGUUCUCGUGGCAAGAACAUUAUCUCACUCGUUCGCUUCGCUCACUCGUGAGAUAUUGUUCUUGCCACUCGAACAUAAAAUUCAGAUCUUCUCGCCACCGUGUAAUAUCCUCUAUUUAUUUUACUAAUAGUAUUUUUGUUUAUUUGAUCGUAACUCUCUGUUCGAUCUUCAUCCCAACUUGUUAGGUUUUCAAAGAACAAGACUUCUCUCGGUCAGAUCCUGCCCAGCAAGUAGCCGAAAGCAUUUUGCGUUUCUUUCCUGGUUUUCAAGCCUUUAAACUUCCCCCACCAACAGUUGACGACGAAGUACUGCAAAAUAUCAACAGGAACAAAGAUCGGUUGAAUCCUAAGUUUUUAGAAGGAAUUGACCAAUUCAAACGAUUGCUAUGGUCCACUCUGGUCCCUAAGCAAGGCCCAAACGAUGGAGAAGUGGUGACUGGUGUAGGUAUGAUUUUAAACUGGUUUCAGUUAUAAAAACAUUAUCCAGGAAAAUUACAGGACACAAUUUUCAGUAAUAUGGUAUCUUAACUUAAAGGGGCUAUAUCGCUAGGAUACUGCUGUUUUUAAGUCAAAUCUGUGCUGAAGCCAUUUGAUGGUUGAUGGCGCCUUUACCCAUACAAAUAUGUGCUCCUGUAGAGGGAACACUAACACUGAUUUUUGCAGGCAUAUCAUUAAAACUUGAAAAGCUGACCCGACUUUUUCAAGUUUUAAUCCAUGUCCAUUCCUACCAUCCUUUACAACAGACGACAGGAAACAGUUUCAGUGCCUGAAUAUCAGGGGUCUUGAGUAACAAAACUGUACCAUUAUUUUUGGAAGUUUAAUUGAUGCGGGGACAAAUUUGUUUGUUUGUUUUUGUUGUUGUUGUUUUACGAUAGAGAGUAGCGUAACAUAGCCCCUGUAAGUCGGUUUGCAAUUAUUUUUAAAAUUCCUAAUUUUCUUUUUUCAGGUCUUGCAGCUCUAGUGCAGCUCUACGUGGAAGCUAUAAAUACCCCUGGUGUAGUUCCAAGCGUACAAUCAGCUUGGGAUACUUUUGUAGGGGUAAAGUGCACAGAAGCAUCGCAGGCGGCAUUGACCAUUUACGAUUCUCUGAUGAAGUCAGGGCUGUCAGGCCGCCUGCCAUGUGACAAUGACGUCAUUCGACAAAAUCAUGACGCAGCUUUUGAGAAGGGAGUCGCUCAUUUGGAGGAUGAGACAUCUGGACUAUCAGCUGUUACAACUGAGAAGGUCAUGAGAGAAGUUACGGUAAGCUUAGUGAACAUCUACAACAAUGUAUCCCCUUGGCUUCUUCUUAAAUGGAGAGAAAUUCUUUGAUACUUUACGAAACUUUUUUUUAAGUGGCGUCAUAAGCAACGACUUCUGAACUUGGAAAAGCAUGUUUUCUUUCUUUUUUUUCUUUUUCAUCUUUUUAUUAGAUGUGUAUGUGUGAAAGGAGACGACUAGAAAGGUCUAAAGACAUCCCUCUCCCAAAUAUAUUUCAUUAAACUUUGUCGUUGUAUCACUUAACCCUAUUCAGACCGGGGGGUGGGCCUUUUGAUGAACCCGGCCCCCUCGCUUAAAAGUUGAAUACCCUCAAAACUGUUCAAGCUAAUUGGCAUUAUUUUAUCAAAGUUACUGUCACUGUUGAUGAAAUCCAGGCUUUUUAGUGACUAGUUUGAGAAGAAAACAUAAGUCAAUGUGACCAAAUGGCAGAUGCUGAGUUUAAUUUUCAACAGUGUUCAUUUCCUUCGAAAUUGCGUAUUUUGCAGGUUUUUUUGCUUCCUAAGCAUCCUUUUAUACUCAGAUUAAGUUUUCUAUUAAAAAUUCCUCGAUUUUUACCGGUUUUAAGUAAAAUGGAGUACAUUAAAAUAAUUCAAAAAGGUGGAUCCAAGAUGGCAGAUGCUUCCAGUUCCCUUUUAGUAAUAAAUAACGUCAUUGUGACAUCACUGCUAUUGUUUAAGGUUAUUUAUAUGUUGACAACUUCUAGCCUGCAAACGGCAGACGUUUCUCCUCGCUCAUCGCCGCUGGGGGACGUUUCGCGAGGAGGAACGUCUGCGACUCAGCGACAGAAAUUCCAUACUGAUGACGUAAAUGAAUGUUUACAUAACAAAUCCAGCAGUCAUGGGGUUCCAAAUGCAAAUUUGUUCAAUUUUACGUUUCUCCUUGUCGAUUUUGGUAAAGCGUUGUGUUGAUCUGCGAAUGAACUCCAGCAAAACUCGAAUGCUUCUUCCAGAGAAGACUAUAUUCCACAAAUAUUGACUGUUUCAUUAGAGAUUUAUCGCGUUUUCAUUUGACCUUUGCGGCCUUUUGUCUUUUGUCUGUUAUUCGUAAACAAUAGCUAAAACAAUGAGACUUCUCCGUGGACCAAUUAGCGCUUCUGACCGGAUGCCGGACAGAUUUUGCGUGACUUUAUCAAACACCUUACUAUCUAGAUAUUUUUCGGUUAACGUGUACUUUGAGGGAAAUUUGGAUUCUGCCAAUAAAUUCGACAAUCUGUGAAAGUUUGGUGGCCGUAGCGUGAGCAGUCUUGUAGAUAUAGAGGAGAUCUUAUAGAGCCUCCCCCCCCCCCUGGUCGCAGGAAUAGGGUUAAUAUUAUACUUUGUAUAUUUUCUUGCUUCCCGUCCUGUAAUGACAGGAUGACUUUUUUCCGUUUGCUUGAUUUCCAGGCAGCAUUUGACAAACGGUUGGCCUCAUGGAAGAAUGAAAAUGACAAAUUAACACGAGAUGCCUGCACCAGUCUUCUCAAGCUACUCAAAAAAGAACACUUGGGUCCAGUACUCGAAAAGCUACAUGGAGGGGAGGGUGCACAAGUCUCAUUUGAGGACAUUAUUCAAGGGUACAACCGACUUGAACAGGACUUCAAAGUGAAAGCCAUUGGGGCUAAAGAUGUUUCUGCUGCCGUUUUCUUUGAAUUUCAUCCGGUAAAAAGCUGUAAAGUUCUUACUUCUAAGAGAAAGAGAGGAAAGUUUUAAAAUCGAACUCGAAAUGGGCAGCUAAAAACGGGGAAUGGGCAACCCACCGUUUCAGAGAAAUAAAGACAGUUUAACCUAUAAUGAAUGUUUGGGCAGGCAAAAAGUAUUUCAAGUAUAUUCGAGCCUUUUUUAUGCCCAAAGAAUAAUACAGACAAGUAGAGUGCAUAAAAAGGCGAAUUUUCUUCACGGCUAUGGUGAACUAAGCACUAAAUGACCUUCCCCCAGAUUUGAAAACUGCUUGAGGUGUUGGCAUAUUGGUGAAUAGUUUAACUCUUAAAAGGAAAAAAAACUUUGACACUGGCGUAAACUGGUGACCAAUCAAUAGAGUGACCAGUUAAUAAGAAUUGGCAUUAUAUGUAUUGCACCACUUUUCUUUAAAAUUUAUAUCAGGUUCUAAUGGAGGAAAUGCAGCGAUAUUUGGGGGUACUACGACAGCUCAAAGAUUUCGACGAAAACUUGACUCGAGAAAUCGCUGCAAGAGCCUACCAAGAACAGGAAAGAGUGAAGCUUGAGGUACAUGUAGUGGAAAAACUGUGACGUCACAAAAAUCCACAUUUAUGAAAGUCUGGGAUUGGUUAGCAUAUUUAGAAAUAACCAAAAUAGCCCAGUUGCCAAAAUUCAGCCUAAAUUGGUGGGGAAAUAUAGGCACCGUUUACUCUAUACAAAUGCUUCCAAAUUGGUUUGCUAAUUUAGAACGAUUUAUAUGGAGUCAUCGGAGCAUAACGGUGCUUAUAUGUCCCCAUCAAUUUACAUUAACAGGCUGGUUUUUUAGCAGAUGGGCAUUUUUCAUGAUUUUUUUCCUGUAUAUGCAUGCUGACCAACUCCAUAAUUUGACAAGUUUAAGUGUUUUAAAGUUUACUUCUCUUCUCUUCUGCAAUUCAUUGAUCAUUUAUCAUACUUCAGAUUUGACAUUUGGGGUAUUUAAACAUAAGGUUUACGAUAAGCGACCAUAAGAGACUGUUCAUUUAUUUGAGGGAGGGGGGGGGGGGGGUGGGCUGGUACAUUUUAAUUUUCCUAUUCAUAAUUUCCCGUGGGCAUGUUCUUGCCACUGCAUAACAUAAUGUAGCCCCCCUUCGAGUCUGCACAUGAAAUAAGAUGACCCAACCUCAACGAAAGAAACAGUUUUAAUACAACUUAAAUAAAACUCACCGAACUAUUUAAAGCAAAUAGCGAGUAUCCCUCCUCCCAGAUCUAGUAGUUGUCACUGUGAUCUGAGUAUCAUCCCCUUCCUCAUCAUCAUCCUCUGAAAUCGAGCCAAUCUCGGCAAGGACAUAGUCUGUUUGAACGCUUUAAUCAUCAGAAGAUAAGUAUUCCUCUUCAUUUUCACUACUGCAGAGUGGACUUCCCUCUUCUUGUGUAAAACUCUGUAUCUGUUGUUGAAUAAUGUGCCUUUGCACCUCCAUUAGCUUUGCAUGCUUGUUUGAUGCAGUGCGAAGCCCGUGAUGCUUCAAGUAUUUAACGAUAGCUGCUAUAAGUGUCUGCUUACUAAGGGAGCCAUCUUUAAACAUCGCAUUCCAAUCAUACUCUUGGUAUGUCUUGCUUGCCUCAGCUGACUUUUUAGUUAAAGUACAAAAGGAAGUUGAGAAGGAAGAGCAAGAUAUUAAAGAUCACCUGAACAGCCUCUAUUUUAAGUAUGGCCUAAGUAAGGGGAGCCAAAGAGAUUUUGACGAGGAAAGGAUCACAGUGCUGACAAUGCUCAGGAAAAAAAAGAACUAUCCAAAACAUUCAACAUCUACAUAAUGCAAGGAACAAAUGUCAGGAUAUGUUUCGUGGACACACUCUGAAGUUUAAAUCAAAAAAGGGUUAAAAAAAAAGAAAAUAAAGGAGAGCAACAGAAAGAGAAAAGCUAGACGAGAAGAAGAGAAUUUUGGUUUAAUCUCCAAACUACUGUCUGAUGGUGAGAUUCCAGUUAAGGCAGUCAAUGUGGCUGCUCUGAUAUCCUUGAAAGGGCCUUUAGUUUAUUGGCUAAAGCAAAUGAUGGAAAGAGGGCUUAGAAAUGAUCAAGCUUCUACACUAAUUAAAGAGUACUUGCCCUCUUUCAGCUCCUGUCUUCAAACAGUGAAUCAGAGGACAGUGAAUACUGAGUAAUACAUGAAGUUUAAUUUUCCAAAGUGAAAGGACUUCUAUACACCAUGUUAUGUUGGUUUGUUAUGCCAUCAGUUUGAUAAAAAAUAAUAUUUGACUUGUUCUUUUCGAACGGAAAUUGGAAUGCACAAAAAUACAUGGCCCGUCAGAAAUGGUUGCACAAUUUUAUGCAGCCUCGCCCCCCCCCCCCCCCACCCAUUUUUAGGUGCACAAAAACGUAUGACCCCCACCACAUUUGCACCAGCCCACUCCACAUGACCGGUCCCUAAGCUAAUUUAUCGUUUGUCUCAUGAUAAUCUCUUUGUUAUUGAUCGAGACCGUGACGUUUUGUCCGCGUACUGAUGCAGGCGAUGGUAUCAAUUUACUGAUCACGACUGUUAGUAAUGUCAUGUUGACUGUGAUUCUUGAAUUACGACCUUCAAUUAUCGUUGGUAGGUUUCGAUCCUAUCAUUAACGAGCCGCCAAUACGCAAAUCACUAUAGAUAAUUUCGAUUAAUCUCAACAUGAGUUUUAGCUGUAUCCUCUUUUCAUAGGAGGAACACGCCCGUUUGCAGCAAGAAAAUCGUGAACGACAAGUGGAGGCAAGUAAUGGCAGUUCAUAUUUGGUUAUAGCUUUAAAUACCCAAAGCCGAAGGUUAAAGCACCGUGCAAACGGACGCAACAUCGUUGGCCAACAACUCCCAACUUUGUUGUAUGUUACACGUUGCGUCCGUUUGUACACCCUGUUGCAUGUUGUUGGAUGCUGUUGCGUGUUGUUUGAAACCGGUCAAGCUUUUAGCUACGUACAGUGUACAAACGGACUCAACCACCUCCAACAAUGUUGGGAGUCGUUGGCCAACAGUGUUGCAUCCGUUUGCAACGUUUCCGUUUUAAUCCUCAUGGGAGGAUUGAUGGGAUGGGGGGCAAGAUUUUUCGCGUGCCGAGCAUUCCUCUUACCCUUUUACCCUUUAUUUUUAAUUUUUUGAUCUUUUAUUAUUUUUGCCACACAAGAUAAAUUACAGCUGGUAGGGUGACUGUGACGGGGAAAUCUUCGAGAAGCCGACUAGCUUAUAAGAAAUGGAGCCCCUGUAAAAAGGGGCAAUACGGAGGCAAUACGUCCUAGCCGGCAUGAUCACAUGCUGUUUACGGAAAAUUCCCUCAUCCAUGUCACGAAAUUCUGUAUUUUAAAGCCUCCCCUAGAGCAUGACUCAGCAACUGAGGACAUUUCUGCUACGUUUUCAAUGUUGGUUAGCAUGCAAGGAUUUUUCCCAUGCCUAUCGUCAAUAAUUUGCUCACUGGUAAUAGAAGGGGUGGCCCCAGAGUGGUUUUGCAUUGAAAUUGGCAUGCAACAGAAUUUUGCAUGCCCUGUAAGCAUAAUUUGAGGUUCCGUGACCUUCUCACCCAGGCCGCGAGAAGCCUAGGUUCUAGUAAUAAGUAAUUCAUACCCAGCAAAAUCUCCGGCAUGCCGGGCAUGCCAAAUUUUCUGGCAUGCCCGGCAUGCCAAAUUCUCUGACAUGCCCGGCAUGACAAAUUCUCUGGCAUGUCGAGCGUGCCAUAAUCUGGGUCAUCCCGGGCAUGCCAAAAUCGGUCUCUGGCAUGCUCUCAACGCACAGGUUAUAAUUCCUUGAAUCUACAGAUAUUUUAAGCCUGGCUUAAAAAAUAAAUAAAUAAAUAAAUAAACAGAUCACCGUGCUUAUCUUUUGAUGUACGGCGGUUACACGAUGACGCCAUUGCUAUUCCUUUCAUUUUCAUAGAUUUGGUUGUCCCAGCGAAGUUUAAAUAACAAAAGCUCUAAUUUCCACAAGAAAGUAAAACCCUGAGGGAUUCUGCUGUAGUAAUAAAACAGCGUCAUCGUGGAGAUGACCUGUUGGGGGGUUGUAAAAACUCCUUACCACUUUUAAUGAGUCUUUAAUAGGAUUCCCAUUUCACAUUGCGAAUAAAAUCACUAAAAAGAGAGACAGAGACUAUUUUCAUUGUAUAAUAAAAUGCAUCUAUGUUCCAUGAAAACUUUUAAAAAUACAAGGUUAUAGAAUAUCUUUCAAAGUUCAUUACAAACUGAGCUAAGCCCCAAAAUCACUGUUCAUCAUUCAGUAAAUUAUGAUGUUUGACAAUGCAAUGUGCUUGGAUAUAACGUUGCAAUUACAAAUCUCUCAAACGCAAUUUUCCCUACGUUAGAAAAGCUGUUUUUAUCUUGUUUCACAUUUUGAUAAAGAGUCUGAGUUCCUCUUUCUUGUUUUGUAGGCUUGCCAGGGAUUAGUGUUUUUGUGUUAUUAGCAGUGUCUGUGUUCUUUGUUUUUAACUCAAAGUAAGUCAGUAAUAACUGACAGUAUCAAAGAAUUGCUCUCUAGAAAAGUAAUUAUCUCCUCGUCAUGUCUGGAAGUUACCUGUAACAAAAAAGAAAUGGAAUGUUAACACAUGCAUGGGCAAUAUGAAAAAAGAAAUAGAACAUGUAGACUCAGCUUCUCUUAACAUAUUUUCAUACUGGCUUGUUGAGUCUGUUAAAGGUCGCAACUAAUUGUCUGAGGCUAAUUUCACAAGAGUGUGCAAUUGAGAUAAAUGCAUGGCAAGUGAAAGAAACGUGGUUUCAGAUUAGCCAAUUUACAUUGCGUUGUUCGAUGAUGUUUACAUGCUCUUCUACUGCGAAAUAAACCUUUGCAUUUGGGAUGGAAAGUCAAGAUUAUCCCGAGUUUGACUGACACUUGAACAACAGUUUUAUUUUUAAGCAGGUAAGGCGUAGACCAUCAUUUCGUAUGUUACCUAGAGUUCUAAUAAAUAGGUCAUAAAAUAGGAUUUAACGAGAGCGAAUUUGUUUCUCAAUCGGUGUAUAAAAAGGUAAGGCUAUCAAAUGAGCAGUUUAUAAAGUAUCAAAAUCAUUAAAUUAAAACCUCACAUAAUUAGGAAAAUUCCUAUACGAAAACAAUGCUAAUGACAUUAAAUUGAUCAGAUAAAAUUCUCACAAAAUAUGUCUCAUUGUUUGCUUUUGUUUUUGCGUAAAGGUAAAUUUUUCGGCCCACAAAGCAAAGUUGAAAAAACGACUAAAUCUUAGUUUUUACAUUGAACAUGUUUAUUAGCUUAGUUUUUGUCCGUUUUAAAAGCUUUAUAAAAGGUUAAAAAAAGGUUAAAGGCCUGUUUAUAGUGGAAAUUGCACUUAGCUUGUCCAGCUAAUUUACAGGCACUCCACUUAAAUAUUUAGAAACAAAUAAUUCAAAUACAACAUAACAGGAUUAAAAACCCCAACUGGCAGAAGGCGACCAGUUGGCUAUUUACAAGCGUGGCCGAGAAUUUGAACUCGGGACGACCGAGCACAAAUCCAGCAAGUGGCCAGAGCGGGACUCGAACCCGAGACCGCUGGAUUGCGAGUCCGACGCGCUGACCACUCGGCCACGCUUCCUCCUAACCCAAUCAUAAUUUUCGAGUUAAAAUAGUACAAAAUCAUUUCAAAAACUAUGUUCAUUUAAAGUAGAGCCGGCAAACGUGAACAUUUUGUAAUUUAAAAGUCGGACCCAGCCAGGUUGUUUAAGCUUACUAAAUAGAAUUUUUUGCAUUUUAGCGUCCUAUAAAUUUACCAGAAUCACCUCUCAGAGGCUUACUGUAGCAAAGCAUUUUGUAGUACACUCGUAGACAAGCAAUGUAAGCCUUAAGUCUUUGCUUGGAUGAGAUGUCCAAAAGAAAAAUUAGUUUUGUGGACCUAAACGCACAUUCCCAGACUGCUUAUAUUGAGUUGUUUACAACUUUGCAUUGACACCUGUAGCAUGUUCACUUUUUUAAAGCGAAAUCCAAAUCUGAUUUUGGCAUUUGAUUUACGGAUAUUUUAUUUUGUCUCCAAAAGUGAUUGUAAUAUCCGUUUGAUUGUAUUACAAACAACGGUCAAACUAUGCAGCAAGAAUAAGUAACUUUACCAGUACAGUGAAAAAAUAUGACCGUAGGUGCCAAAAAUAAUUAUGCUCGAGCUGUAAAAUUAGAUCUGACUUUUUUUAGCUUUGGUUUCUAUAUUUUUGAAGUUUUCUCUAGUCUUCUUAGCAGCAGAAGAAGAUUACAAGACGUACAAACAGAAACAAUCCGAAGUGGACGAGUUGACAGCCACUGAAUGCCAAAAAGCUAAUUCACGGGAUUUGUUCGAUAUUCAGGCUUUUUCUUUACAAAUUAAUACUAAAUCUGUACUUACAGUCUCUCGCAGAAUCCAUUUCUUGUCCAGCAUUCACCAACAUCUCAACCAUGCACCGCAGAAAAAAAAAAAAAGACAAACAAGUGCGAAGAGACAUGACGACAUCGUGACGCCAAAACUUCCACGCUGCAACAAACUACACUGAAUUAGAUUCAUCGUCAUUGGAAAACACUUCUGCGGAAAUUCGGCCGAUUUCGUGCGUGCUCAGGGUAUCUUCGGAUGAAGCAGAUAACGUUGCUCACAGGACUAUCGUCAGCAAGGAGUAAAAGAGUUUGCGAGAUUCGCAUAGCCGACAAGAAGCGCACUGAAAAACCUAAGCAAAAUCUAUCUGAGAAGGCAGUCCAAAUUCACCAAAUCAGAACGUCUCUGCAGUAUUAACGUCGUACUCUCGUACUGACUUGAACGACCUGGUAAGCUUAAUUUUCACCAGCCUUUAAAUGCUGUUGACCGGGAAACACUCCGACGCGAUAAAACUUAAGCAUGGAUAAGUUUAUACUGAGAAGAUUUGUUAUCUUAUUGUUUAAAACGCUUUUCCGCGAUCAAAUUUAAAUCUGGAUCCAGAAAUGUCAGUAUCGGUUUGAAAUAAAAGGAUUAAUCUUUUAUUGCAAGUGAAGUAUUCUAUUUUAUGCAGGAAUAAUGUUGUUUUGUUGUGCUUUUCAUUUAUAAAUCCAGGCUUCUGUCUUCAGUUUUGCCAAUCGAUCCCGUGAAACACAUUGUGACAAACAUGACUUUUUUUUGUUAUAAUCUGCAUUUAUUGCCAGGCAUGAAACCUGUAACUUCAAGCUCCCUAAGAUGUAUUUGGCGAUUAUAUGUGAUUCUCAGGAUAUGAUGCUGAAGCGAACAUCAAAAUCAGUCUUGCUGGGCAUGCCAGUUUCAAGCCCUGCGUGCCGGGCAUGUCAAUUCAACUGGCUUCACGGUCAGCAUGCCCGGCCUGCCAAACUAGAGGAGCAAAAACUGGGAAUGAAUUAUCAACCCGGCGAGAGAUCUGGGUCCUAAGUUUAGCUGGGUCAAUUUUGGGCUGCAAGGGAAUGAACCCAUUUUCUUUCCAUGCCUAUGAGAUGUUAUUUCUAAGUACCAAUGUUCCCUUGAAUUUUGUCAUGCCUAAAUAUAUAAAAUUUCCCGUCUCUCAUUAAUCCCCAGACUGAAUACAAGUUUUACGCUCGGUAGGCAUGUUCAAUUGAAAAUCAUGCCCAUACCCUCAUUCAAAACAAAAUGCUAUCAAAUUUUAGUUUCCAAGCCGUUACUGUAUAAGACUCCAAAUAAAGCAUUGUCUUGUCUUGCCUUUCUCCCCCUUUCUCAGGUCAGAUUCAAGUGUUGUCUCACCCACUCUGCCCCAAACCCAUUAACAACAUCCUAGAUCCUUCUCUGUACCCUCUUUUUAACUUAACUUCUUCUUUUAGAAAUAAAAAAGCCAUCUGGAAAGGCUACGGAACUCUAUACUAUCUCACCAGAAACGAACGAAGGCGGGCCUGAUUUUUAGGUCACUCCCAUAGCUUAAUGCGGAUGUCCUCAUCCUUUACAGGAUAUACUGUUUCGCAGUAAGUUCUUUAAAAAAAAACUAAGUACAAGCUAAAAAACGAGGUUGUGUUCUCUUAAAACAGAUGGAACGGUUUCAAAAAAGGUUUGAAGAGGAAGGUAAAAUACUACGUGAGCAGAUGGAAGCAGAUGCAAAAGCUCAACGUGAUCAAAUGGAUAACAUGUUGAAAGCUAGUAUGAAGAAAGCUGAGGAGGAUAGGAGAGCCUUCGUGCAAGAAAAUCAAACAUUGAAUGCAAGACUUGGAGAGAUGCAAAAGUCAAAUAAUGAGAUGCAGCAAAUGGUGGAGAGUUUAAAGCUGCAGCUCUUGCAGAACCAAGGUAGACGAGAGGAAGUAAGAAAACCAAGUUUCUUUGAUAAAGCAGUUCAGGUGGUCACAGGCUUAGGAACUAUUGCCGGUGCUGUUUCAAAGUGCUCUGUUAUGUAACCUUUCACUUUUCUGACACUGAAAACAAUUGUUUCCCCAUUAAGAAAUUCCAGUUACAUUAAACAUGCACAGAGUAGCAUUAGAGUAGCCUGACGCGAUAAAUAGUUUUAUUAUAAUUUUUUACUGGUACAGUUUAAACUUUCAUUUUUUGCUAAAGUGUCAGAAUAUAUCGAUGCAGUUUGUAAACAUAAACUAAAUAAACAGAAAGGU